AUGACCCGCACCAUCCGCACGCGCGAAACGCUCUUUGCGCGGAGCACCUCCAGGAGGCGCCAUGACUGCGCCGGCGGGAAACCCAAGCGCUCGCUUUCGGCAACCUGCAAGCGCGGCGAGCGAAGACCUCGUAGCCGCCGCCGCUUCCUUUUUCCUACGCUUCAAGAAACCUCCUCCUCUUCCUCCUCCUCCUCCUCCAACUGCUCCGACGGCGUGUGCAAGGGAGAGGGCGAGGGGAAGGGAGGGAAGCGGCUGCCCGCUUCGGUGAGCUGAGGGGGACGGACACGGCGGAGCUCCCUCGCCCACGCCCGCCUUCCACCUCUCUCAGGAGCCGCACUUUCGGCUCCUCAUCGCGGGCGCCGGCCGGAGCCAUCUUCGGGUAAGAGCAGCUCGACGGCGCUCGGCUCCUCCCCUUUCGCAACUGCUUCUUAGCGCUGCAAGUCGGCGAGGAGACCGGUCGGCUUCGGGUUGUCGCCUCGGACCGGCGUCGGGCAGCGGCUCUGUAAGUCGGAAGUCUUCACCUGUUACCUCAGGUCCUCCUUUUUUUAAGUGUUUGUUUGUAAGUACCAGCAGAACAGUGUUUCCUAAACUUGGGUCUCCAGAUUUUUUUUGGGGGGGGGGAGAGAAGGGAACACGACUACAAUUCCCAUGAUCCCUAACCCUUGGUUAUGCUAGUUAGGGAUGAUGGGAGUUGUAGUCCAAAAAAAAAAAACACCCCAGCGGGAGACCCGAGUUCGGGGAAACCCUGGACUAGAGGGAAGUUCUACUGAUCAGAGGAAGGAAAACUCUAAGGAGAUCAGUCAUAUCCCCUAUUUUCAUCCUCACUAUCUGUGUCGCUCAAGAUCCUCCCUCUUCGCCUGAGAGAGAUUGAAUUCACAAGUUACGUGCCUGACUCGGCUUGCGAAACGAGAGCGGGAUAGUGAAGUAACGGCGGGCGCAACCUUGGGGAUAGUAGGACGUUCUGCUCCUCCGUUCGCGUUUAUUAUCCCCGUGGCUCCGAUGCAGAAAUUCGGUGGCAUUUAAUAUCCGGCCUGGGGUUCAUUCGAGGUCUGGGCUGUGUGGAAGGGCAGCAGGGCGCAGGAGUGGUGAGGAUGUUUGACAAAGGGCUGAGGAGGGUUCAGUUCCCUAGCUGGCUAGGAAGCUCAAUGGGUCAUUCGCAAGCUCUUGGCCCAAACCUGUCUCACAGAAUUGUUGUGAAGAUAAAAGGGGGUGGGGAGACAAUGUCAGGAAUGGGACCUCCAAAUGUUCGCUGGACUCCCGAAGUCCCACCAUUCCCAGCCAGUAUGGUGAAUGAUCAGGGGUGAUGUGAGUUAGCAUUGUCGUUUCAGCCCUAGGUUGCAAAUUCUUUCCUGGCAUUUUUGGAGUUUUAAGCAAGGCAAGUGGGCUAGUGCGUUGUUUUUUUCUGGGAGUACUCAAGGGUUUGCAGUACCAGCACCUUUCCACCACCCCCCAUUGUUAAAAGAGUGGCACUUAACUAUAACAACUUCAUGGUCAGUACCAAUACCUUUUAAAAAAAAGAAAGCACUGCAAGUGGCUCUUUACAAACCUGAUGCAACCACAUUUUGGGACUUUGUGUGUGUGUGUUUAGGUCUUCUAUACCUUCCUGACAUGGCUGCCCCGGCUUUCCAGCUCGACUAGGGAAGCUAUACAGUGGUACCUUGGGUUAAGUACUUAAUUCGUUCCGGAGGUCCGUUCUUAACCUGAAACUGUUCUUAACCUGAAGCACCAGUUUAGCUCAUGGGGCCUCCCGCUGCCACUGCGCUGCCGCUGCACGAUUUCUGUUCUCAUCCUGAAGCAAAGUUCUUAACCUGAGGUACUAUUUCUGGGUUAGCGGAGUCUGUAACCUGAAGCGUAUGUAACCCGAGGUACCACUGUACUUUGCUGCCACAAUAUUCUGGGAGGGGCUUUCAUAUGAGAGCUCAAGACGGACAUUAUACAUGGUAUGGAGAAAGCAGUGUUAGAAACUGAGAUAUGAAAACUAGGAGCUAAAUGGCACCUUAAACCUAGGUUAUGAGCGUCGCAACGGAAUGUCUAGGCACGCUUUUUUAAUAACCAGACUACAAAGCUGAAAAUGAAUGAACUGCAGCUAAAAUCUUAUAUUCAUUUUUCACAUGGUUUAGUCCUCAUCUGAAGACUGCAAAAACAAAGCCAUACUUCCCCUGCCCGCCCCCUAAUAUUCUUAUGAGGGUCCCUUCUUCAGUCCUCAGACAGUGGCUGAAAGUGGGGAGGCAGAAAAAGCUCCUCCUUUUUUUUUCUAGCAGUGGCAGGUUUAAUCUGAAAUCUUAGGCACAGUACUGCUCCCAGAGCUCAAAAACUGCUCGCAUUAAUGAAAUUCCCUGUCUAGAACGGGCCUAGAACAAUGGGAGUUUCGAAUGCUGGGAGAAAGUGAAGAGAGAGAUUUUUUCCUUCUUUCAUAAUGCUGGAACAUAGGACUACCCAAUCAAGCUGAAUGUUAGAAGAUUCAAAACAAGCAAAUGAAAGUACAGCGCAAAGUUAAAACUGUAAAAUUCACUCCCACCAACUUGAUUAGCUUUAGAAAAGGAUUAUACAACUUCGUGGAGGAUAAGCCUGCCAGUGGUGACUAGCCACAACAGUUAUACAGUGGUACCUCGGGUUACAUACGCUUCAGGUUACAGACUCCGCUAACCCAGAAAUAUUACCUCGGGUUAAGAACUUUGCUUCAGGAUAAGAACAGAAAUCGUGUUCCGGCAGCGUGGCGGCAGCAGGAGGCCCCAUUAGCUAAAGUGAAGCUUCAGGUUAAGAACAGUUUCAGGUUAAGAACAGACCUCCAUAACGAAUUAAGUUCUUAACCCGAGGUACCACCAUGUUUCCAUUAGAUGUAUAAAUGACCUGAUUCAGUGUAAGGCAGCUUUCUUUGCACUGUUGGAGGCAUUAUGUUUCUGCAUGCCAGUUUAUGGGAAUCACAAGUUGGGAGAAUACAGUGCCAGUGUUAUCCUUCCAUCCCAAACUGGUUUUUUGCCACAUGGCAUAUUGUGGCCCAUCCUUUCACUUUCUGCCAUAUUAAAGUGGCAGCAGCUGCUGCAGGAAGAGGUGUUGAAAAGGCCAUUUUGACUUCUCUGGAAAAGUUGCGACAGUGUGUUUCAAUAAAAUAUUAAAGGCUGCAAUUUAAAGAAGCAAUAUGCAUUCACAGGAAAACUGCAAAUACAACUACAACUUUUACCACAGCAGUUUCCACUGCUGAUGAGACAAGUUAACUUUAAAAGGCAGUUUGGCUUUUAGUAGUAGUAAGUGCUGACCUGACACUGUCAAACACAGUUUCAGUUAUCUUCACAGUACUCCUUCAGUGUGCAAAUUGCCUCUAUCGGUUGCUGUAAAAAUGCUCUGACAAUUUAGCUACUAAUGGGUUUAUAUGUCACUAAUAAGUUGCUAAAGCAUUCUUUGACCAGUUUCAUCUAAGAAACCGGCUUAAUCUCUUUCUUGGCAUACCAACCCACACAUUUCUUUGUCAAUCAUUUAUGAUCUACAAGGAAAAGGAAAAUAACAAACUUUUCUAAAGCUAGCCCUAACCACUGAAAAGGGUGUUAAAAACAACCUCAUUUAUACUUUUUGUUUUAGAAUUUACACAGUAGAUCACUCUAAUGGCGGCUAACAUAUUGAGGUUGAAUCCUGACAAGACAGAAGUACUGUUUUUGGGGGACAGGAGGCGGGUGGGUGUGGAGGACUCCCUGGUCCUAAAUGGGGUAACUAUGCCCCUGAAGGACCAGGUGUGCAGCCUGGGAGUCAUUUUGGACUCGCAGCUUGUCCAUGGAGGUGCAGGUCAAUUCUGUGUCCAGGGCAGCUGUUUACCAGCUCCAUCUGGUAUGCAGGCUGAGACCCUAUCUGCCUGCGGACUGCCUCGCCAGAGUGGUGCAUGCUCUGGUUAUCUCUCGCUUGGACUACUGCAAUGCACUCUAUGUGGGGCUACGUUUGAAGGUGACCCGGAAACUACAAAUAAUCCAGAAUGCGGCAGCUAGACUGGUGACUGGGAGCGGCCACCGAGACCACAUAACACUGGUCUUGAAAGACCUACAUUGGCUCCCAGUACGUUUCCGAGCACAAUUCAAAGUGCUGGUGCUGACCUUUAAAGCCCUAAACGGCCUCGGUCCAGCAUAUCUGAAGGAGCGUCUCCACCCCCAUCGUUCUACCCGAACACUGAGGUCCAGUUCUGAGGGCCUUCUGGCAGUUCCCUCACUGCAAGAAGCCAAGUUACAGGGAACCAGGCAGAGGGCCUUCUUGGUAGUGGCACCUUCCCUAUGGAACGCCCUCCCUCCAGAUGUCUAAGAGAACAAUAACUACCAGACUUUUAGAAGACAUCUGAAGGCAGCCCUGUUUAGGGAAGCUUUAAAUGUUUGAUGCAUUACUGUAUUUUAAUACUUUGUUGGAAGCCGCCCAGAGUGGCUGGGGAAGUCCAGCCAGAUGGGCGGGGUAUAAAUAAAUUAUUAUUAUUAUUAUUAUUAUUAUUAUUAUUAUUAUUACUCUGUAGUUCUUUUAUAAUAGUGUCACCUGCACAGUGGUAAACAAUGUCCCCAAAUUUAUCAAAUUUCUGCCACUUACCAUUUACAGCACUGUGGGUGGCAGGAAGAGCCCAGGAAAAUCAAAUGAAUCUUUCACAUGGGAUCCUUUGUUGCCUUAGCAGUUAUUAACUUGUUGGCCUAAAAGAGGUCCCAAGCAAAAACUGACCCAGAGAAACAGAUAGAAUACCUUUCUUAGGGCACAUCAUUUAUGGCUUCUCAGACACAUUGUCACGUAUGAUGCAGUUGAGAUUCCUGCAUUACAGGGGGUUGGACUGGAUAACCUCCCAACUCUACGAUUCUAAAAUUCUAUGAUUAAUUUGAAUUUGGGUUGAGGUAGAAAAAUAUUCCAUAAAACUUCCUACAUCCGUUUUUAAAUUUCUUUUUAAGAAUUACUAUAUUGGGAUAAAAAAGUGCUUAUACAUGAUAUAUGCAAGCUUAUUUGGGGCAUUCUUUAACACUGGAAUUUAUCUUGGAGUGAAAAAAUAAACCAUAAAAUUGCCCACGUUUGUUUUUCUUGAAGAAAUAGAGGGAGUUGUAGAGGGAAUAGGUCUCCCUGUGAUUGAUGGGAUUCUAAAUCUCCCUAACAGAAAAGGUUGAAAGUCUGGGAGUUGCUUUUCCUUUUGUUCCAACCCUGCUCUUUGGUAAGUUGGUUGCCAGAGUAGCUAAAAUGCUUUCUUUCUGUUCUGUUGUUGCAAUGCCUUGACCUUUCUUGAGUAGAGAGGAACUUGCAAUACUAAUCUGUGCUUUCUUAACUUCCAAGCGACACACUCUGUAUGGGGCCAUUCUUGAAAACAACUCAGAGGUUUUAGCUAGUGCAAAAUGUUGCCACACAUCUCCUUGCAUAUAGGGAACAGCACAGUCGUAUACAGUCAGUCUUGCUUUAGCAGCACUAACUGGCACUAUGGUUCAGUUCAAGUUGCUGCUGCUUAGCUAUAAAACCUUUCAUGGUUGGCAUCCAAUGGAUGGUUCCACUUGUCCCCUACUGCAACUUCAGUCCACCCGUUAGCGAUGCUGUUGCCUUUGAUUGUACCUUCAAAAUCUAUGAUUGUUCUCAGGCUCUUCUCUGAGUCCUUAAAGGUAAAGGUAAUGGGACCCCUGACCAUUAGGUCCAGUCGUGACUGACUCGGGUUGCGGCGCUCAUCUCGCUUUAUUGGCAGAGGGAGCAGGCGUACAGCUUCUGGGUCAUGUGGCCAGCAUGACUAAGCCGCUUCUGGCGAACCAGAGCAGCACACAGAAACGCCGUUUACCUUCCUGCCAGAGCGGUACCUAUUUAUCUACUUGCACUUUGACGCGCUUUCGAACUGCUAGGUUGGCAGAAGCUGGGACGGAGCAACAGGAGCUCACCCCGUUGCGGGGAUUCGAACAGCCGACCUUCUGAUCAGCAAGUCUUAGGCUCUGUGGUUUAACCAACAGCACCACCCGCGUCUGAGUCCUUACUCCGCAUGAAAUGGAAUUUGUUGUAGAGACUUUUACUCUGGGAAGGGAACUCUGGCAGGGGCAGAUCAAGUGACAGUACUUUUUCUGGGCUGGCCCCACCACUAUAGAGCUCUCUCCCCUGAGAUACAUUAUCAGCUUCUCAGUGCUUCUUUUCUAAAAAAGUGUUUAGGGGUACUCUCAUUUUGACUCAAGAAAAUUACCAUUUUAUAGUUCAAAUUGGGAAAAAUAAAGACAGUAAAUGGACAAAAGUACAAAGAUUCACAAAAUGUUUAGGUGUAUGCGUACCCCUGCGUCCCCUUCAGGAAAAAAGCACUGAGCUUCCUCCUUGGUAGUGUUUAAAGGUACAGUGGUACCUCUAGAUGCGAACGGGAUCCGUUCUGGAGCCCCGUUCGCAUCUAGAAGCAAACGUAACCAGCAACGGCACGUCUGCGCACGCGUCGCUUUUCGCUGCUUCUGCUCAUGCACGUGAUGUCAUUUUGAGCAUCUGCGCAAGCAGCAAAACCCGGAAGUAACGCGCUCCAUUACUUCUGAGUUGCCGCGGAGCGCAACUCGAACGCGCUCAUCCCGAAGCACAUUCAACCCGAGGUAUGACUGUAAAGGUAAAGGUUCCCCUGACCGUUAGGUCCAGUCGCGGAUGACUCUGGGGUUGUGCACUCAUCUCGCUUUACUGGCCGAGGGAGCCGGCGUUUGUCCGCAGACAGUUUCCGGGUCAUGUGGCCAGCAUGACUAAGCCGCUUCUGGCAAACCAGAGCAGCACAUGGAAAUGCUGUUUACCUUCCCACCGGAGCGGUACCUAUUUAUCUACUUGCACUUGACGUGCUUUCAAACUGCUAGGUUGGCAGGAGCUGGGACCAAACAACAGGAGCUCACCCCGUUGCAGGGAUUCGAACUGCCUACCUUCUGAUUGGCAAGCCCAAGGCUCAGUGGUUUAGACCACACAUGUAUUUUUAGGCUUUAUUUUAAUGAGAUAGCUUUAUAAGCAGUAGACUCAGUAGUCCUAGCUGGCUGUGAUAUAUUGAUCUGAAAUGUUUUAACUGCUGCUUCUGUAACUGUGAUUAUGUUGUUUACAUAUUGUAUGGUUUUAAACUGAUUGAAUUUGUAUAAGCCGCUGUUCUGAGCAGCACCUUUCUUUCCAAACUGGCCUGCCAGCAAGUUUUAAUACCACAGAUACUACUUCUUUCACAUCUCUUUGGCCUCUGGAUUGUUAGUUUCAGGACCAAAAAGUACAUCUGCAGGAUCAUCUUUGGCCCAGAGGCCUCUAUUUGCUGAGCCAAAUUUAGGUUUUAGUUUCACAUGACUACAGAUGGAAUUAAGAAAGUGCUGAUUUAAGCCUCAUGCGCAAAAAGGCCCCUUGUCCAUUUUUUGGUGGUAAAUCAUGUAAAUCUAGCUUCCAAACAAAACCAUUUCAAAAUUAAAGGCAUAGUGUAUGCUGCUACAGUGGUACCUUGGAAGUCAAAUGAAAUCCGUUUGACUUCCAAAACGUUCAGAAACCAAGGUGUGGCUUCCGAUUGGCUGCAGGAAGCUCCUUCGGGAGCCAAAACAUUGGACUCGCAAGGCGUUUGGGAUCCAAGGUACGACUGUAUCAUUGCUGAAUCUAAUGCCAUACAAGAAAAUCCGCAUUCUACCAACCAAGUAUGUAGUGACCAGUGUCUAAGUAGGAUUUGGCUGCCACUGUAGUUUGCUUCUGUAUGUGAAGGGGUGGGUGGGUGGGUAUCUUAUCCUUGGCUUCAGGUGCUAAAAUGUGGGCCAACAGGGCCUGCCCAAGACAUAUCCCACUAGAGGCCACUGUCCCUGUGUCUCAGUCCAGCACUGCCCACUGCUUGCACCCUCCCUUCACCACAAAAGCAGAUUUAUAGUCCCAUUGUCAUCAUGGUUGUUUCGAAAAAAGAAGCCAACCUUUCACUUGAGUAUUGCAUAUGGGGAGUGGGUAGGCAGCUAUUGCAGGUGGUGGUCCAGAGCUGAGCAGGAACAUCAUUAGUGAGCCGUGCUGCAACUCAUCCCCAUGUUGCCAAGCCCAGACAUUUUAAAUAUUUUCAAAAUGUCAUUUUUGUAUUCUACGAAAGGAGGGGAGGGAAACUUUUAAAGCCUGUUGCUGCCCUGCCACACUUCUGGAGUGUGGGAGAGUGUUGUUGUAGUCCUUUAACACCUCCAAAACAAAUGAGUGUAAGAAGGAUCUGCUGGGUCAGACCAAUGAUCUGUCUAGUCCAACAUCUUGUUCCCCCCAGUGGCCUCUGGGAAGCCUGCAAACGGAACACGAAGGCUAAGCCUCCCCCUGUUUUUCUCCCAUCACAGCAGCUGGAGGUUGGAUAUAGCCAUCAUGACUAAGAGUGAUUGAUAAUUCAUCCUCCAUGAGUUUCUCAACUCCAUCUUUAAUGACUGCUAAACUUGUGGCAGCCAGUUCCAUACCCUGUGUGAAGAAAUACUUCCACCAGUCUGUCUUGAAUCACCUGUGCAAUGAAUUUAUUUAAAUAUCCAGAGUAUUAGCUAUUAAAUAUUUCUCUCUAGUCAGCUUCUUCAAACUGUGUGUGAUAUUAUAAACCUCUUAGCAUAUAACUACUUUUUUUACCUCCCCUGCUAAAAGUUCCAACGGUAGACCUUCCUCAUUUUGGUUGCCCUUUUUUGUACCUUUUGUGGUUCCACUACUAGAACUGUAUGCAGUAUUCCAAAUGUGGCCAUACCAAAGAUUCACAUAAAGAUAUUAAAAUACUGGCAGUUUUAUUCCUGAUCCUCUUCCAAAAAUGCCAGCAAGAUAAUCCCCUUUCCCUGCAGGGCUCUACAACCCUUUCCUCACCUUUUCCCUGUUUUGUGUAUUCAUUCUUCCAUCAUUUAGUAACUUGCCACACAGAUUGGGUAGUGAGUGAUUUUUCUGCAUAAUACUGCUAGCUGUGUGAGGGUAAGGCUCUUGCUGGUGGUGCAGAUCAAAUUUAGCCCAAAUGCCACACAGUGGCCUUAAACAGGUUUGUUUAAAAAAAUACAUCUGGAAAGGCACAUAGGUUUGUAGGUAUUUUGUGGAUAUUCUUAUGAUUCCGUAGUGUCUGAAGCAUAUGCCGUAACCAGAAAGGUUGAAAUGCUAAUAUUUAGUUAACAAAAUUCAUAUACAGUCAUACCUCAGAAGUCGAACGCCUUGUGAGGUGAACAUUUUGGCUCCCAAGCGCCGCAAACCCAGAAGUGAGUGUUCCGGUUUGCGAACGUUCUUUGGAACCCGAAUGUCUGACGGGGCUUCCAUUGCUUCCGAUUGGCUGCAUGUCUUGGUUUCUGAAUGUUUUGGAAGUUGAAUGGACUUCCGAAACAGAUGUCGUUUGACUUCCGAGGUAUGACUGUACUGCUUGAUUGUAGUAACACCCCCAACUAAGCAUUUACAAGAAAUAUGAAAAUUGCCAAUAAAAACAACGAAUUUUUAAAAAAUAAUUAAAACAAACAGUAAAAGAAAUUAAAAUGCAUCAUCAUUUAUGUAUAUAGUUUGGCUAAACAAAAAUAUUUUAAGCAGGCACCUUAUUCUGGGUUUUAAUUUUGUGUUUUUCUUAGUUUUUGAGCUUUCAAAGGAGCACCAUGCUUGGACUUGUGCAUAAUUAAUAUGCUGCUAUCAUUUGUUGAUGUAUUAUUGUUUUGCCUAUUAAAAAAGAAAAGAAAAAGAAAUCCAAGCUGGAUAUGUUGAAUAUUAGCACAAAACGUAACCAACAUACCCAACUAUACUCUAAGCUUGGAAUGAAAGCUUUGGCUGGUUAUUAAUUUGCAAUCCAUAUGUAGUUUGUUGACUGGUUUGUUUCUACGUUCCUUCCCUUUCUGACUACUGUCUUUCUCAUUCUUUCUCCUUCAACUCAUCUCUUUGAUUUUCUAUUAUUUGCAUCUCUCUGGACCAUCCCUUCUUUCAUCUCUUUGUUCCUAUUUCCACCACCACCCUGGCACCUAUCUAUUGAUUCAUUAAAAUUAUAUGCUUCCCUUCCUUUAAAAAGUUCAAGGUUAACUAAGGUAACAGUAAGCUAAAAUAAAUAGACUAAAACAGCAUAAUACACAAAGAUACAAUGCAGCCACUGAAAUAAUUAGGCAAUAGAAACAAUUCUCACUGUUUUCAUUAUGGAGCAAGUUUAAAACAACCACGAUGCAGUACAGAAAAUGAGAACUAUUCAUGGGCAUCCUAAACAGGUAGCUUUUAGCAACCCUUAAAGAGGGAGCAAGAUGAGCUUCAUUAAUGAAGCUAGCCUGGCAAGAUGUGAGAGGGAAUUUUCAAAGACAAAAUUUGCCCCCCCCCCAUAUUUCUUUCUUUCACAAUAUUUUUAUUUUGCAUUUUUAAACAGAUCUUCUCAGUAGGUAUCUGUAGAAAUAUAGGUGGUGGUGGUGGUUGUUUUGUGUCCCCUCAGCUCAGUGCCCUGUGUAUGGGAAUCACCCGCACCUCCCUAAAUUGGCGCUGUUGGUCUCAACUAAGAAUACACACAUGGGUCUGUGGAGAAGAACUUAGCAGGCUCAAAUGGGAGAAAUAUCCCAUUCAAAUAUCCCGGUUCCAAGCCAUAAAGGACUUUAAAGAUCAUCACCAUUUCUGAUAUAAACCUGGAAACAAAAUUGAAACUUGAGCAGUUGUUUCAGUAAGGAAGUCACACACUCCUUAUGCUUAUUUAAAAAAAGUAACAUUAAUAGGUGUGUUCCUGAUUAACAACCCAGACUCAGCAUUUGGAACCAAUAUCACUAUCUGGACACUCUUCAGAGGCAACUCUAUGGAGAGUACACAACAGCAGUCCAGAUGUGAUGUAAUGUAUGCCACCUAGCCAGAUUUGCAGUCCUCAGAAAUAAGCAUACUUGGUACAUUGCAGUUAAGCAAAGGGUCCCUUGGUCACAGCUGACGCCUGGGCAUUUAGGAACAAUGCUAAGUCCAGAAGAACCUCACAUUCCUUUCUAUGAUCUUAGACCAUGGGUUCUUCCAGGUUAUUUCUCUCUAGGCUCAUUGAUUUGCAUCACCUUCUAUAGGAUCUGAACAGUCAGUGGCAACUGGAGAUCUGACUGCUUACACUACUCUCCUGUAGCAUUAGAACAUCUCAGCUAAUCACUUUUUACAACCAUCUCAGAAAAACCCCUUAGCAUAUUAUAGUGGAGAUGGCAUUCUUUUGUUCUACACCAGUGUGGUGUAGUGGUUAAGAGCGGUAUUCUCGUAAUCUGGGGAACCGGGUUCGUGUCUCCACUCCUCCACAUGCAGCUGCUGGGUGACCUUGGGCCAGUCACACUUCUUUGAAGUCUCUCAGCCCCACUCACCUCACAGAGUGUUUGUUGUGGGGGAGGAAGGGAAAGGAGAAUGUUAGCCGCUUUGAGACUCCUUAAAGGGAGUGAAAGGCGGGAUAUCAAAUCCAAACUCUUCUUCUUCUUCUUCUUCUUCUUCUUCUUCUUGGCCAGUUUUUCCGCAGAUAGGUUUUUGUGUGUGUUAAUCAUGAACAAAAUAAAGGCAUAUGAAUUGGGGGUGGGGAGGGGAACGCCACACAAUAAUUUUAAAUUGGCGUAUAUUUUGCAUGUUGUGGAUUUGGACUUCCGAAAUUUCACUUCAGCAUAUGGAGGUUAAAAUGCUGCUGUUUGUAACAAUCUAAAUACAACACUUUAUAUGCUCCUAUUUAAGAGAUUAGCAGAUAGUUAGAUGCUGAGCCAUCACAGGCAGUUUUCAUAUGGGCGCUCAGAUAGCUAAACCACUGGUGUCCGUCUUGAGAAGGGCUUCCUCCCUCUACUGCUUGUUACUUCCUCUUUCUCAUAGUCACAGGGUAUGCUGGUGGUUUUCCCCCCUCCUCCUCUGUGGUUUUUUUUCUUCUUACUCCCUGUUUUUUCCUGAUUGUCUUUCAUCUCAGUCUCGGUUCCCUUGAGGCUUGAUCCUCUUUGUCCAUGUGCUUCAUCUGUUGGUCACUUUAUGGAGUGAGCUGAAGAAGAAUAAUUUCAUGAGACUGAUUUCCUGCUAGAGAGAGCGAUCCUAUUCCAUAUAGUUUCCUGCAGUGGGCACAGAAUCGCCCCUCCAUUUGUGCAGCUGCCAUGACGUGCUGGAUCAGAGACCAAUGGAAGAGAAAAAGGGCAGGCAAAAAGGUGGGUGAGGCAGCAGUGGUAUUACAAUAGUGAUUUUUUAAAAUCUGGCCCGUACAAUUACUGUGCAUUCCUAUAAGCAUUUUAUGUUCUUUUCCCUCUGUCUUUCAAUAACAAAAGCUUGGCCAGAUCAUCAUGGCCAAACUAGACAUGCUGGGGCCAUCAUUUGUGUGUCUACUUAUAAAGUGGGGCGAGGGCUCAAGUCUGGAUACACACCAUAAGCUUAAAGUAAAUCUGUUCCCCCAAAUAAUCCCGAAACUGUAAUUUAUCCCCCAGAGCUACAGUUCCCAGCACCCUUAACCAACAGUUCUCAGGAUUCUUACAGCGUGUGUAUGGUCUGUAUGUAACUUAAUGACAUACUUAAAACAGUUAAACAAGGGCAGGGACACGGAGCUCUCAAGUGUGCACAAAUUACUUAAUACGCCUCUCAGUCCAUUUUGCCAAUCAUGUUUCUCUCUUCCUUGGCUCUGAUACAAGUGAGCUAAGAAUUCACAACUGUGGCUGGAGCAAUGGACUAACUGAGGAGACGUAAAAUGCAGGCGUGGGGGAAGGUUUAACGACUUUCUCCUACAGGCUACUUUUACUGUUAAAAAUAAAACAUAGGCACUGCUUUAUUUGCGAGUAGGAGAGAUACACGGAUGAAAAGAACAAGGGGUUUGUCGCUGUCAUGUCCGCUUUGAUCCUGAAACUCCUACAUGUAUCUGACUUUUGGUAAAAUGAAUUCCUAUAUUUCCCAACAUAAUGUCACUGAAAUCAGGGACAUAUAAUGGCUGAAACAUGUAAGAAUGGAAACUGUUUUACUUUCUGGAGUGUUGUCUAAUUUUGAAUAUAUUUCUAGUUACAGGUAGGUAGCCGUGUUGGUCUGCCGUAGUCAUAGCAAAAUAAAAAAAUAAAAAAAUUCCUUCCAGUAGCACCUUAGAGACCAACUAAGUUAGUUAUUGGUAUGAGCUUUUGUGUGCAUGCACAUUUAUUAUUAUUAUCAUUUAUUUAUUUUAUUUUGUUUUGAAUAUAUUGCAUUAGUAAAUUUUAUAGCUAAUGGUUGGAUCCGAAGUAAGUUGGCCAGAUUUGGGUUACUGGACCUACAUGCAAACUUUAUGAAUUUCCCCCCUUUUCUUUAUUCUAGAAAUACCCAAUAUCUCUUGAAAUUGCAUGCCCAUAUACUAUAUUCUGCAUUUGCUCUGGACACUUCCUCUAUUUGCAGACAAAUUUAGUGUUCCAUAAAGUGUGACAAGACUUUGCGUGGGUGGUUUCUCUAUUAAGUUUAUUUUCAAGCAAUAUAUAGUUGCACGUGCUUCGCACAGCUGCCUCCAGAAGGCAAAAAAACACCACAAUUUCAGUCACCUCGGAAUAAUGUACCACUCUACAGAAGCUCGUUUGGGGAGACAAUUCUGAAAACAAGUCAAAAGAUCUUGUAAAAUGGCUGCCUUAAUCUUAUCCUGCACCUACAUACUGUGGUAGACAGCAUUCUCUGAAGAAGAACUCAGAUUAAGAUCUCCUGAUUAAUUUCAACCAGAGGAAUUGAUGAUGCAGUUUUCACAGAAGACUCUAGUCUUUUCCUUUCCCCCUCUUCUUCUGGUCUCAGCUGGUUGUGGAAGAUUUAGCAUAAAUAACUGUUCAUUGGUAGGUAGCAUGAGCUGUUGUCAGGAAUUUAUCUUAGAUUUUGAUACAAUUAGAGGUUGGCAUGGAGGAACCUGGUGCUUGCAAAUGCCAUAUAUGGGGGGGAAAGUUAAGCAGAUUUUAUGAUAUGGCAUUGCCUCAGCCUGCAAUAGGAUUCUAAUCAGUGUGUGAAAUGUCACAUGCCACCUUCUGAGUUGCAGUCAGACUAGAAUGUAACUUCUUUUAACGACACAAUAACUUUGUGUUGCAGUUAUUCUGGUCAAGUUCCAGAUCUGCCUCGAGCCCCAUUGGUUUCACCUGGAAAAGUAAGCAGGUACCUUCUUGAAGCCCAUGGAACUUAAGGAACAGCUUCAAUAAACAUAGAGGGACUUAUUUCCAUGUAAACAUGCAUGGAAUAUGAGAGAGUUCUUUUUGUAUUUUCCUAUAUCAUAUCCUGACGGAAUGGAAAACUGGGACCCAGAACCUCAGGGUCUGAGGAGAGCUAUCCAGGACCGCAUACCCUCCAAGUGUCCCAAUUUUCCAGGUUCUGGAAUUUUCCAGUUCUGGAAUGACAGAAGCCAUCCUGGUUUCUGAUCUGAUCCUGGAAUGUCCUGGUUUUCUUUUCCCCUUUCCCCCAAAUCUCAGGAAUACAAUUAAAAGUGGUGGAGAGAUCACACACACACACACACACACACACACACACACCCUGGUCCUUAUUGGAAACAGGAGCCUUCGCUGUGUGUACGAGCAAAAACGGAGUCCUGUUUAUCCUGAAAAUAAAAUACCUGCACUAAAUGAAGCUGGCAUACAAAGCCUUUUUUAUUUUUAAAGGAAAAUAUAACAAAUCCACUUUAAAUCCUUUAAUUGCAAUGCUUUAGCAGCCAGCAUUUUUUUUUAAAGGAAAUAUGCGGAGUGUUUAUUCCUUUAUUGUAAAUUGAGCCUUACAUUGCAAGCCUUUACAUGUCUACUCAGAUGUAAAUCCCAUUGUAUUCAAUAGUGUUUACUCCCAGGUAACUGGGUAAAGACUGUGCAGUCUUACACUGCAAUCCUAAGCAUUUUUAUUCAAAGGUGCUUUCCACUGAGUUCAAUCGGAUUUAGUCUCUGGUAUGUUCCUUAUCAUUCUCAGUUUCUAUUACAGUGGAACCUUGGUUUUUGAAUGUAAUCUGUUCCGGAAGGCCGUUCGACUUCCAAAACGUUCAAAAACCGAGGAUCAAAGGGCUGUCAGCAAGUUCAGUGGGGAAAAUUGAGAAACGCGCCUCGGAAGCUGUUCAACUUCCAAGGCGCGUUCAGAAACAGAAGCAUUCAUUUCCGGGUUUUUGGCAUUUGGCUUCUGAAACGUUUGGAAGACGUUAAAAAACCGAGGUUUGACUGUAUUAUUAUUAGUAGUAGUGGUAGCAGCAGCAGCAGCAGUAUUUCCUGCCUUUCCCCCCGACUCAAGGCUGAUUACAGCUAAAAUUUUAUUUCAUCCCAUUUAUCUGUUGAAGGUGUUGUACCCGAUCCCUUCCCUCACAUAUUUUUUUUCUUUACAACAAUCCUGCGAUGUAGGUUAGGCUGAGAGGUUGUAAUUGGCUCAAGGUAACAGAUGUAUAUGUGUAUAUGACAUGUGUGUGUGGGAGAUCAAACGCAGGAGAAGCUUCCUGAUGUAGAAUAGAACAUUCCUAUUUUCAUCUGAGACAAGUUGGAGAGUAUGGGACUGUGUGUGUUCAGGAAUAAUUGGUAAGACACAGGAGCAAUGAGUGCUUCAAAAAUCCAGUAUCAACAAAGGCCAGAUAUUGCAAGAAGCACUGAAUACUGUAACAUAUAUAAGUUAUGCAAAUUAAACAAGCUGUGCGUAAUUACUUACCUUUUGCAUAAUCAGUUUUGAUGGUAAAGGACAAAGAGCUGUGAGGAAAACUGUAACCACACCUUUAGUCUUUAGACACGCUUUCAAGCAUCCGUUUUGCAACAUUUGCUCUUUCUAAAAAAGAGAUGCAAGAUCCUUAGGAAGUCAGAUUUUGCAACCAAUUCCACAAUAUUCAUUUGCUGUUGUUGCUUCUGCAGAAUUGUUAACAUGCAGGCAGCCUUAAAAUAGGGAUGGCCAACAUCAGCUUCUGAUAUAUAUUUAUUUAUUUCAUAAAGUUUAUAUGCCUCUGGAUUGUAAAAAAAAAACCAAGCAAACCCAAUUACAUCAAAGUGGUUUACGAAAGAUAAAACUAAAAUCAAGAAAAAUUAACAUUGGCAAGCAGUUAAAGGCCUCUAUUUGCUAGUCCCAGUAUAAAUACUAGAUCCCGGUUAUAGCAUUCUGUGUAACUGUUGUGAAAUAAGACUCAAGUUCAACGUUGAAAAGGAGGAAUCUUCCUAAUGUGUGUGGCGUUUUGUCUGGCUCAACUACAUUUGCCUGAGAAUUUGAGCUAGUGAUUUGGGAACAUUGUGGAAACAGAGAAAUGUAAUUGAGGGGGGAUUUGCUAAAGGUGAAGGAAAACAAAGGGUUAAAAUCAGGGGUGGGGAACUAGAUCCAGACAGCUGGCCAGUUUGUUAAACACCCCUCCCCCAAAGCCAAGCUACCUUUUGGCAAGUUUUAUAGACUGGCAGGGGCAAUCACUUGACAUCACAAUGGUGUCAGGUAAUCCAUUUCCUUCUACACAGUAUGGAAUCAAACGGUGCACACAAAGGCCCAGCUGAUUAAUGGAUCUUGCAAAGUGCUAGGCAUGGGGCUUUGCAAGACAACAGUAAAUGUUAUAUUAUAGACUGUUAUGCCUUACAUUUAUUGUGUGAACAUGCAAGCAUGCAGGCUCCUGGAAGGCAGAUUACAUUUGCUGUCCUUCUCUGGUCCUGCUGAUGCCAUGCUACUGAUGUCUAAGCUAUGAUUUUGCUUAGUAGGACUCACCUGAACUUGAGUUUCUCCUUGGUUUACAGCUUGUGGUUUGUCUGUAGCGAGAGGAACAAUGACCUCAUGUUCAGAUGACAUGCUACUAAGCCCCGGGUAGAAAGCAGCAGUAAGACCAGGGAGGAGCUCACCUCUCUGGGAAUCAGCACACUUGCAUGUUUGUGUGCUAAGCCGUGGCUUGGCUUUGCAUAAUGUGUGAACUGAGUUACUGACUCCCAGCUCAAUUACAGUAAACCAGCAUAAUUCAACCAUAAAUAUUUCGUGUUUAAAUAUGAACAUCCAUGCAUACAAGUAUUGUGUAUCCCUGUGUAAAGAUAUAGACUCAUCAAGCCCAUUAUUCAUCUUGUAGGCAAAAUAGUCCAUUUUAGGAUGCAGCUUGAAGUUCAGAAAUUAGAAACAUACCUGAAAAUGCUUAUUUAUCAUUUCGUCAUUUUUUAAAACAGAAUAGCAUCUGCAUGACAAAAGAGAGCUUCAAAGUCGUAUUUCCUUUUGUUAAAAGCAGAUGAAUGUGUUCUGAUCUGACUUCUUCUUUUUAGUGUCCCGUAAUGCGUUCACAUUUUUCCUUUUAGUACAUUUUUUUCCUGUUUCCACUUCAUAUGACAGUCUUUGCUAGAAAUAUAUUUAAAUGACCUUUUUCGGCAGCGGGAGGAGAGUACAAAACACUGGUGGAAAUGUAUUCAGCACUAAAGGUCACAUUAGAAGUAUAUCAGGAAUUGGAGGGAAAUAGAUAUUGAGCCCAUAUAUAUUUAGCAUAUACCAACGUUAGUAUCUGUAACUUCCAUCAAAAGGUGUUUUCCAAUGCCCCAGAAAUCAGCAGUCAUAACUAUGAUUUAUACUUACCUUUUAUAUGCAGUGAAAAGUUGAUUUCUGUACACGUUGCACAAUAUUUGAACACCUUGGUUUGUCCAAAGACCACUGAACAUAGCAGAUUCUAUGCCGAUGGCCAUUUCUGUAACCAAAACCCACCAUUUUUUCCUUACCCAUUCUCAGUAUAGUUCAGGAAUUUGCUCAGCUUGGCAGUGUUUCUGUCCCUAAGGCAUGGGGGUGGUGGGGAUUAGUGCCAUGCAUAGAUUCUUGUCUUUCUUUCUCAUCAGUUAGCAGAAGCAGCAAAAAUUAUGCAGAUCAGUAAAUAAAUUGUAGAAGGCAUUAUGCAAAACAAGGGAAGUCAUUCCUCGGUGCCAGAUUUGCAUGAUUCAUGCUGGCUAUAGGAACAUGGGAAGCUUCUGGACUUCUGGGGUGGCGCCAUCGGUCAUGGCGGACUCCCUCUGAUCUGGAGGGACCAGCUCCACGGGAAACGGGUCUUUCCCGCUACGGCGAAGCGGGGACCCUUUCAAAAAUCACAGGCGGAUGAAGCCUGUGACCAUGGGACUCGGCGGGCACCUUUAGCGCCCCCCAACCCGCAAAGGAACCCACUAACGGGCUCCGGAGUGAAGAGGGGGAAGUGGCGCGGUGCUGAGAGUCAACUGCUUCUUCCGUGGAGCGAAGCCGCACAGCCGCUGCCAGAGAGCGCUGCCUUUUUCCUGGGACAAUUUGGCUUUUAAAACAAUUACCCGUGAGUACUUAAAUUUCGGACAAUUGGACUUCAAAUAAUGAUUUGCGAGUAGAAAGGAAAAUUGGACUAAGAAAUUUACCUCAAUUUGGCACUGAAACGGGAAGGUCUAAACAGGAAGUCAGCCUUCCGUUUCUUGUAGAUAGAUUAAAGCAAAGACAUGGCAAACUAGAGUUCAGAAAAUCGCCUGUAAAGGAUUAACUUUCAUCAUUUAAAAUUGUUGAACCCCCUUCGGAAGCAGGAGAAGAGGGGGGAUUUUUUCCGGACUGUUUAAACCUGCAGAAGAGAGUGUAACGCAAAGUAACUUUCCACCGUCUUGAUCCUGGAGCGGGCAGUAAUACUCUCAUUUAUUUAUUCAUCCGAGUUAUUUCUUGAUGUUUGGGCCACAGCGGUAGUCAAAAAGGGCUAGUUAUAUAGACCAAUUAGCUUGCUACCUGUAAUUAGCAAAUUAUAUGCAAAGUAUCUUUACAGUGACCUACUUGAUUGGAUAACUGAGGAAGCUAUUCUUGCCGAAGAGCAAGCAAGAUUUCGACAUGGCAGACCCACUGCUUUGUACUAGCUACUUCAUCUGUUUUGGCUUUCUUCAGCUGGUUUGUUUGCAGUAUAAACGAACCUCUUGGAAGGGGAUGUAUUGAUUUUAGGCAUUUCCCCCCCCCCCCCCCCGUUUCGGACACCACAAAGAGUCAUUUUGUAUUUAACAUCUUCUUAAGAAGAAAGAGAAACAUUGUUUUCUGUAGGACUAAUCUUAUAACAGUGUACCGUUUACAGUGGUACCUCGGGUUAAGUACUUAAUUCGUUCCGGAGGUCCGUUCUUAACCUGAAACUGUUCUUAACCUGAAGACCACUUUAGCUAAUGGGGCCUCCUGCUGCCGCCGUGCCACUGGAGCCCGAUUUCUGUUCUUAUCCUGAAGCAAAGUUCUUAACCUGAAGCACUAUUUCUGGGUUAGCAGAGUGUGUAACCUGAAGCAUAUGUAACCCGAGGUACCACUGUAUAUAUUUCUAUAGUUGUCUGUGUUCUUAUCCCUACAGAUAUAUGAGAUUUACGUUAAGAAUUAAAUAUAUGCUUGAACCGUGAUUACAGACAUCUUCAUAGAAUCACGGAAUUGUAGAGUUGGGAAGGCACCACAGGGGUCAUCUAAUCUAACCUCCUACAAUGCCGGAACUUUUUGCCCAAGGUGCGCUUGAAUCCACAACGCUGAGAUUAAAUGUCUCAUGCUCUACCGACUGAGCUAUUCCAGCUAUCAACAUCCCUUCCUCAACUUUACAAUAAGCUUAAUCAUUUCUAACUUGCGAUGGCUGCAUCCUUCAAAUCAGUCUAAUUAAACCUGUGAUCAGCAGCAAUUUGUUCCUGAAGUCCCGCUUUGAAAAGGGUGCAAAGGUGGUGGAGUUCUGCUACUUUAUGUUGGUGACUGAGAUUUUGCUAUCUAAUGUCUUUCCAUGGGUUAGAUCUGGUCCAGAGUCCUCUGUUUGCGACUUCAAGAUUAAACCUGAUUGCAAGUGAGCAAAGGUGCCUUUGCCUGUUUGUUUGAUAGUGGUUGUAGCUGCGGAAAGACACUGAAUUUUAUGCUGAGCUGGGCUGAUUUCUGUGUAUUAAUUGGUACAUGAAUUGUAAAUUUCUUCUUCCAUGUUCACAAGCAAGUCUGUUUGAUUUUUCUAUCAUUUCUUUCGCCGCAGUUCAUAGAUUGCUGUGAGAGACAAAAACACCAUGUUUUAAGGACCUGAACUGAUUUUGCCAUUGACUCAUCCUGUGCAGCUCAGAUUAUUCAGCAGCCCAGUGUUAAAAUUUCCUGUGUGGAAAAUGAGUGUCCUAAGAUUAUUUUUGAGGCUUUUAGAUGUAUAGAUAAGAAUGUUUAGGUUCAUGUACGCAUAACUUACUUUUAUAUUACUUUAAGGUUAAUGAAAGGAAGGGGUAGGAGGGAGCGCAGUAGUAUUAUCUCAUUUUGAGAGACUGUGGGUUGUAUCCAUUGAAGUCACUCUGUUCGCACAUGGACUUCUGCAACAGAACUUCCCCUCCCUCUCACCCCUCUUCCACAUGCCUCCAGAUCUGUUCUGGAGUUUUCCCCUACCUUCCAGAGCAGAUUUUUUGGGGAGGGAAAGAAAAAGAAAGAGAAAGAAAGAAAGAAAGAAAGAAAGAAAGAAAGAAAGAAAGGGUAAGUUUCAUUAGACAAGUGGAAGCCCUUGCACAGAAGGAAUGAUUUCAUUGGAUACAGUAGGGGUGGACUUUGAUCUUUGAAAUUUUAGCGGCGCCCUGUGAGAGGCCAAAAUUCAGUUCUCCUCACCUCUCGCUUUCCAUUCUGCUCAGUUCACUAUGACAUAGUUGCAGCACCCCCUAGGCCCAGCACCCAGUGUGGUGAAACCGGUCACGCUGCCCUAAAUCAACCUCUGGACACAACCCUAUAUAAAUCACUAGUAAAUCCAACUUAUUUACAUUUGGCAAGAUCUGUGUUACUUGCUGGCCCUUGAUGCAAGGUGACUGCUGUUGUUUUUCCAAGUGUUCAAGUAGCCUGAUGAUUACUUUUAAGUAUGAAGUGCACACCUCACUAAGCCCAGAUGAACCAUUAUGAGGAUAUUCAAUACGGUCGUACCUUGGAAGUCGAACGGAAUCUGUUCCAGAAGUCCGCUCAACUUCCAAAACGUUCGAAAACCAAAGCGCGGCUUCUGAUUGGCUGCAGGAAGCUCCUACAGCCAAUUGGAAGCCGCGGAAGCCCGGUUGGAUGUUCAGCUUCCAAAAGAACUUUCGAAAACCGGAACAGUCACUUCCGGGGUUUGAUCGUUUGGGAGCCAAAACGUUCGAGAACUAGGCUCUUUGAAAACCAAGGUAUGACUGUAUUCAGAAUAUCUUGGGCUGCAUGCAUACCACCUUUCAGUUUUCUUUCUUUUGUAUUUUGAUACACACAUUGGCACACCCAAAUGUAUUUAUGUGUAUAACUGAUGCUUCACUAUUACAUUUUCACCUAUGGAACUUGCACCAGAUAUGUGUUCAUACUAUGUUGCUUUUACAAACAAAAUGAAAGUUAAGAGGCAUAAAUAUUCCAACAGCCAGAGAAGCUGAACAUCUGAAACUCUCUCUGACGUCUCUAGUUGUGGUUGUCAGUCCUUAGUAUCUCAUCUAGUCAGACUGGCCAAGCAAGGGCUGGUGGAGCUGGGAAUUAAGGAAAUUUGGGGCGGGUCACACUCUGAAACUCCCACAGCUAUUGCAAAUGAGAUGAGCCAUUCACCUCUCAGUUUCUAUAGGAUGUUAUUAAAACGUACUGCUGCUGUGUGAGGAGAGCUUUUCAGCAGGGAGCUACACUAAAAGCAGAAAUAUUAAGACUGGACUCUGUCUAUGCAGGUAAGUUUGGCUGCACUGGGUAAUCUAAGAAGUAAAAAUGUUGUAAAUGUUCAGCUCUUUUGACAUCAAAAGUUGCAAUGGAAGUUGUGGCACUGAUUUGAUAUAAGAAUUUGAAUGCCAAGCUGAAUUACUUACCCAUUACCUCAGUAUUUUGCACUUUAACAGUUGCCAGACAGGAUGCUCAGGUGGUUUCAUACAUAGGUCAUGAGAUUGAUGUCCAUUUCCUAUUGUCAAAGUGCGAAGUAUGGUGGUUAGAAGACUACUGCUUCUGGAUAUAUUGUGGGUUUGAUCGUCAUGGCAAACCAUUGCUGAUAAAGCCAUCCAAGUAUAAUCAUAACCUUUUAAGGUUAUGAAUAAUCAGCCAUCUUACGGUCAUGUGGAAAUAAGUUCCAUAGGCAAAUGCUAUAUUUGGAAAAGAAUUUUUUGUUUCAUUUGGGUGGUGUUCAACUAAAUUUUCCUCAGAGUAGAUCCAUUGAAAUUAACAAACAUGACUUAAGUUAGGUCCAUUUACCCCCAAUGCGUAUACUCUGAUUAAAACUUAGUUGAAUCCCACACCUUUUAUUACAUGUAGAUGAACCUAAGAUUUUUGUUUUAACUGUGUGCAUGUAGGGGGAUGGCAUCUUCAUUUAAGCUGUUCUUUUAAGGAAGAUGAUGAUCAGUUCCUCGCCUUGUUUAACUAUUUCCCUCCAUGUUCUACAGCUCUAGGCAAUUCUACCUGAGGAGGCAAAUAUUGCAGACCAUAUUGUUUAGCAAAAUAUUAUAAAUGUAUCAUAGAUGUAAUGGAAUAUAGUAUAGGCACUUCUAGCCUGUAGGACAUAUCCCGCACCCAAAAGUUGAUAGAAUUAAAACUAUAUAAAUAUAUAAAAUUUAUUUAAACCAUACAAACUAGGGAAGAUUGGUACUGUGUAACAGCAUGUCUUCUUUUAAAGAAAGUAGUUUCUGAAAGCAUAAAAAAAAACUGAAAUCACCAAGCAGACUUGUGUGUGGGCUGCAUACAAGGGCGAGACACUCAGACAUACACCACCAUCUAUCUUCUGUCAGUUUCUCUUUUAAAGGAAGCUAAUGCUGGCUGGCUCUACAUAUCUUGCAGAAUGAGAUGCUGGAAUGCUGAGGUAAUAGAGUGGACUGUAUCCAGAUUAGAGAUGAAAAAUAUGACUUUCAAAUUCUCCUCUCUCUCACACACACACAAAAAUGAAUCCCAACAAAUAAUACAGUUUUGUGCAAUCCCUUUCCUACCGUGACCUCCAGCAGGAAGCUAGCAGGUAUUCAUUUGGGGGCAGAGGUAGGGGGCAGGGAAACAAUAUUCCAUUCUGCCUGAAAACACAUUUAAUAUACAGUGGACGCUCUGGUUGCGAAUGUGAUCUGUGCGGGAGGCACUUUCGCAACCCGCAGCGCCGCAUCUGCGCACGCGUGGGUUGCGAUUCAGCACUUCUGCGCAUGCGCAAAGCGCAAUUGACGAAACCUGGAAGUAACCCGUUUCGGUACUUCCAGGUUUCGGUGCGUCCGUAACCCAAAAAUGUGCAACUUGAAACGUCUGUAACCCAAGGUAUGACUGUAGAGCACAUUAAGUCUGUGCUCUCAUGUUUUAUUCUCUGCAAUAUUAACCUCAUCUUCAACACUAAAGCAGCUGAAAUGUGCUGUUCUUCAUACCCUCUGAGUAUAGGUCUCCAGUUAGAGGUAACAUGCCAUUGCAGACCUCUGCUAAGGUAAAAGUUGACCUUUCUGCCUAAUGUUUAACUUUUCUAGAUUUCUGGGUUACUGUGUCAGAAGAGCAAUUUCACUGCAUUUUGCAUAGUGAACUGAUAGAUGCAUAGCAGUAAAUAGAAGUCAAACUAUGUUACAGAAAAAUAUGACACCAACAUAAUUCUUUGCUUUCAAAUUCUUUUUAACAGGAUUGCAUCUUCAAUGGCUGGGGAAAGAUUGAUCAAGUGGCUGAAAUGAAUAUGAACACUAUCCUGGAAGAGAUUCUGAUUAAAAGAUCACAACAAAAGAAAAGGACAUCUCCUUUAAAUUACAAAGAGAGGCUUUUUGUGCUUACAAAAUCCAUGUUAGCAUAUUAUGAAGGUCGUGCAGAGGUAGGAAACUGGGUUUAAAUUGCUCGUUUUUUGCAAAUUUGUGUAUUGGAGGUGGUAAUUGUAUGUUUGCUCUGCUGAUUUAAUAUUUAUGAUGCUGAACUUUGCUACUUGUCAUACUGAGUUCAUGCAGUUGGUACCGGAUGAAAGGAUCAUAACCUUUAUCUUAGUUUACCUUCUGUGUGCAGGGGCAUACCUAGGGGUUAGCCAGGUUGCCGCUUGCCAAGGAUGCAGGCCCAGUGCGGGCACAAAAAAAUCGCACCUCUACACUCUGGCUUGGAGUGGCUAGAACUCCUACUGCCCACACUUCUGCCCCAUUCCCUGAGCUGCUACUCCAUGGCUCUGGGUGGCCAGUCAAGGUGCACAGGCUCCUCUCGGCACCUUUGUGGAGGAAUCCAGUCAUUGGUGUGGGCUGUCACAGCAGCCUUCCAGGGCCUUCCAGCCUUCCAUUUGGUCGAAGUGUGAGUGGAGCACCCAGGGAGGCUGCACAUCAGAGUAGCAGUCCAUUGAGGGAAGAAAGAUGGAGAGUUGCAGGAGGAGGAAAAAGGAAGGGAGGAGGCAGAGGGAAAAGCAGCAAGUGGAGGGAGGAAAGCAGGAAGGCAGGCAGAUGGACUGAUGGAGGAGAAGGGGAGGAGGAGCAGACCAGAUCUGACCCCAAUGACCAUGGAGGAAGUCACUGGCACAAAAGGCGACAAAAAGCAAAUGUUUAAAGUUUCUGGUCCAUAGUCUCUCCUGGUUUUGGAGGUGCCGAUCAGCUCCUUGCCAAGGUACAAGGAAGCUGAGGUAUGCCUCUGUCUGUGUGAGAUGAGUUAGACUGCACUGACAAAGCUGGAAAAUGCUUUGCUUGUUGCAAAAUCAGCUGCCCUGUACAAAGGACUGAGCAUCGAAAUUGUAGCGGGUAGGAGGUAGAAUAGGGAAGUGGCAUGUUGAUUCACUGCAUUGUUUUAUGGGGGGAAAGAACUAGAUGGAGUUGAAUAUCAUUUUCUUAAAAUCAUUUUUUAAAAAAAGGGGCUGUAACAUUUAUGCGUUGUGAAAUCACUUUGUAUGUGACGUAGAACUUAUCUCGCAUGACCGCAUUACAGGACUGCGCCAAAGUGAAGUGGUACAGGUCAGUCAGUGACGCAUUUACUGUAAAUCCUGCCAGGGUUCGUUGAGAGUCAACAUCCCAAAUGGGUAACACGGUUGGAAUCCUAAGGUCAGGUAGAAGGAAGCUAGACGAGGGUAAAGGAAAGCAGUGUAGUCUAAGGCCCAAGUGGCAGAGCAUGAAGGAAGAGCGGUAAGCAGCCAAGGUAGUUUAAAUAAUAAAAACAAAGAAGCAAAUGUUACAAAUUAUAGGAUAGUUCCCUCAGGAGGACUGGUGGUCCUUUUAGGAACUGGUGGCAUGGGCUCCCAGGUCUGGGCUUAUUCACUUCUGCCUUCCAUCAGGGCACAGAAGGUUAGGUAAAGGUAAAGGGACCCCUGACCAUUAGGACCAGUCGUGGCUGACUCUGGGGUUGCGUCGCUCAUCUCGCUUUAUUGGCCGAGAGAGCCGGCGUACAGCUUUCAGGUCAUGUGGCCAGCAUGACUAAGUCGCUUCUGGUGAACCAGAGCAGUGCACGGAAACGCCGUUUACCUUCCUGCUGGAGCAGUACCUAUUUAUCUACUUGCACUUUGACAUGCUUUCGAACUGCUAGGUUGGCAGGAGCAGGGACCGAGCAACAGGAGCUCACCCCGUCGCGGGGAUUUGAACCGCCGACCUUCUGAUCGGCAAGUCCUAGGCUCUGUGGUUUAACCCACAGCGCCACCCGCGUCCCACACAGAAGGUUAAGGGGAGGCUUUUUAUAGCCAACUUCAACAGCACUCACAGAUUGUGGGACUUUAAACGCAUCACUGGGUAGUACAGUACAGCCCGCAACUCCUUCAGCAGACGUGGUAAGGCACUGGAGAAAAGCAUGUCCUGACUCAAAACCCACAGAGCCUUACAAACCCUAAUUAACGUUUAAAUUGUGGGUUGCGUGGUCUGCGUUGGUAUGGAAAGAAUAGUGGCAAAUGGGCCGUUCUCCCUUCUUCCCCUCCCUGCUUGAACCCUUGUCCCAGGAGGUUUUUUAUGCUCUUUACAGGCAUGCAAAUCCUGCUGAUGGAGCUGCUGGGUACCUUUCUCCUUUCUCCCCCACUUGUGCUAUGCUCCAGAAACAGUGGUUGUGAUGGGUGGAAAGGGAUUCAUAACACUUCCAGUAGGGAUGCCUGUGACCUGGCAGUAGCGGGGUUGCUUUUAUUCAUUAAAAUCAUUUACACACCACUUCCCACUCAAGGAACCUGAAGCAGUUUACAGAAUUAAAUUCUAACACUCAAAUGUUAAAAACAUAAAAUUAAAUAAUAUACAUAAAAUCAAUAGCAAGCAAUAAACAAUAUCAGGGAGAUGCAAUGUUUAAAAUGGGCCAGUAAGCUAGCUGCAAAAAAUGUGUUUUUAACCGUGGACGCCUCCUGUAUAGCAGGCAGCAGAACAUUCCAAAGAGUGAGCGUUCCAAGAGAAGAACUGUUUCUGUGUCAUCUCCAAGCAACAUGUUGUAAAAUGUGGCCCCACUAGCAAGGCCUCUUGUGAGGAUCUUAACACCCUAGUAGAUCUGUAUAGCACAAAGGUGAUGGUUUAUGUACCCUGGUCCCAGGUUUAUGACUUCGUAGGCCAGCAAAAAAUCCUUGAAAAUGGCCCAGUAGAAUGGUUGGCCAGCACAGUGCAUGGCUAGGUUGCAGCUUCCAAACGAAUCCCAAGGCCAGCCCCAUAGAAAGCACAUGAGAGCAGUCAAGAAGUGAGAUCACCUGUGCUUAGCUGUGCUCUUUGAAAGCUUAUUAUUAUUCCACAGCAUUCAGGAGUCCAUUGGAUCCCAUAAAUUUCUGGGGCAGAUCACCUUAAUGGGUUCACCACCCUAGCAAGGGCAGGGGGACUGGAAUCGCAAGCCUGGACUUCACCAGAUAGUGGACUGACCAUGACAGUGGGGUAAUUUGAACCCUUCCACCUCAUAUCCAGGACUGCUGCCCUUCACAUGAGGCAUGGAAUAAAUUGAGGGGAUGCUUUUUUCCCGUUGGCCCAAUGACCACUUGAGACAGCCCCAUGGCUGUCAUGGAGGCCAUGAAGCCGCAAGACAGCCCAGUCAAGACAGCCUCAGUGUGAAUACUGAAGUACCCCAGAACCUAUUGAUGGCUAUACUAGUGGGGUUGAUGAACUGGGAGUGUUUUGAUGUCACCAUGUGAGUGCAGGGAGUAUACUGUGGGCAUCCCUGACACUAUGAGCUCUUGAGCUCUCUCCAGUUGUGUAUGGUAUGUGGACAUUGGCACUGGUAAUCCCUGAUUGGUUGGCACUGGUAGUAUUUUCAAGUACAAACUAAGGAAGAAACUGGGGAACUACUGAGACUAUAAAGUACGACAGAAAAAGCAGGGACAACUGGAAUACCUACAGAGUAUAUUCUUCAUUUGUGCAAUUGCAUUAUUGUAUGCAGAAUGUGUUUCAAAAUGGAAAAUUAUUACUUAGUACUGAAAUUUCACAAGGGCAUUGAUGUAAGAGCUUGUGCUGAGCAGUGCCUGGUUGGAUGGAUGCAACCCAAGACCAAGAAACUAAAGCUAAAAAUUCACAAGGGAUUUAAUUUUUCAUGGGGUGGGGAGAGUGUCUUAAGUUAAAUGUGCAUGGUAUCUUCCAGAUGUCAGUAGUUGUGUAUUGGGAGGCUGAGGAGCAAGGAAACAUGUUUUCUGGAGAAGUAAGACAACAAAUCCAUUUUUAAAUUGUGAAGAAAAAGAAUUGUUAUGUCAACCAAGCAGAGCUGUGCUGGUGCAGAUGGACUCUGGGUAUUGUUACAAUGUGAGAGCCAUUUAAACCAGAGGCUUGAAAAUGAUUUUGCAGAUUUUGAAAAGGAAAUGCUGAUUUGAGGUAUUGAGGGUUCACUCCUAUGCCUGCUUUCCUGUAUGUAAGGAUGAAACAUGCAUAUGAUUCUGUUGGCUAAAGCAUUUCAUAGGUCCUGCUUUUCAGAGGAUUUAGUGUAGCUAAAUCCUCUGAAAAGGAUUUAGGGGCGCGGGUGGCGCUGUGGGUUAAACCACAGAGCCUAGGACUUGCUGAUCAGAAGGUUGGCGGUUUAAAUCCCCGCGACUGGGUGAGCUCCUGUUGCUUGGUCCCUGCUCCUGCCAACCUAACAAUUCGAAAGCACGUCAAAGUGCAAGUAGAUAAAUAGGUACCAGCGGGAAGGUAAACGGCGUUUCUGUGUGCUGCUCUGGUUCAUCAGAAGUGGCUUAGUCAUGCUGGCCACAUGACCCGGAAGCUGUACGCUGGCUCCCUCGGCCAAUAAAGCGAGAUGAGUGCCGCAACCCCAGAGUCGGCCACGACUGGACCUAAUGGUCAGGGGUCCCUUUACCUUUAGUGUAGCUCAAUGAAAUGCUGGUGUUUGACAGAUGCUGUCCCAGUGCAGUAGUCUCAAAGCCAUAUGCGUUUUAAUCAAAAUAUUUGGAUCCUUCUUUUCUAUCCAAGGUGGCAGUCAUUGUAGUUUUCUUUAAAAGCAGUUCCAGCAUGAAAUCAAGCACUUUCUCCCUUCUCCAGUAGAAAUAACUCCCCGGCAAUCAGCACAGCAGAUGUAGAGCCUCUGAUUUGAAACAGGCCCUCAUGCAGUUCUGCGUUUGCAGGCAACAGUAAACCAGACUUUCUGGCCUAUCAUGGUGUACCAAGAACAAGCAGCAUGCUAGGACAUGCUGCCCAAACACUCCCUUUUCACACUCCACUGGUGAAAGUGGGACAAACAAACCUUGAUCUGAACCAGUGAUUGUGGUUCGUGACUUCCUAACAAGCCAUGGUCACUGGCCAACACGAAGCCAGCCGUGGUUUGUUGCUGGCUUUCUGAUUUUGGCUUGUUAGGGAGCAAUGAACCACAAUCUCUGCUUUAGAUGUCAUGGUAAGCCAAGGCUUCCUGGUUUGUUUAGCCUGUUUCCACCAGGGGAGAAUUGAAGCUGGAACAGGGCAGCCUGGGGCAGCAUGUUGCUCAUUCCUGUUAAGCCGCAAUCAGCCAGAAAAUCUGGCUUAUCUUAAUGUCUGAAUGCAGAGUGUGUAUACGUAGUCACUUAAAAAAUGUCAGCAUGUUCAGUGCAGGUUGAGCCAGCUGUCCAAUAUUUUACUGCCACAAACCUGCUUUUGUUUUGCAAAUAGUAAUCUGUGCAUUUAUCUUUCUCAUAGUCCUCCUUUGGUCUAGAAAGGGAACUGCUUGGUCUAGGAAAGGAACAGUGAAGAUUCUAUGAUAAUUACCUUGGUAAACAACAACAAAAGCAGAUGUGGAGAAGGCUCUGAAAGGUCUCCACUGCACUGGGUGUGUGGGUUGGUUCUAGUUACUCAGCAACGAGGAAAGGCACUUUGCACAAUGCUCAGACACCCUUUGUUUUCUCAGAUUCUUCAUUCAUUGAAAACAAAUGCUGAUGCAAAACUAGAAAUCCAGUGCAUAGCUAGGAAAAGAAUACAGAUAUUGCUGGAAUCUUUGAUUCCCACAAUGAGAGCUAGAGACUAGCAGUGUUUGGAGGGCCACAGAUUCCCCAUUUCUGUUUAAAAUUACAAACAAAAUCAUGGUGGAUCUUUUUGAGGGAGCUCCCAUGUUUCUUAGUAACCAAAACCACAGGCUUCCCAGAGAUGAAUACAAAGCUGCUUUUGUAAAUUUUGGCCUAGCAGUCAGUGGUGGGACCUGCAUUAUGGGGGCCCUGAAUCUUGAGCUGUUAUGGGGGCUCCUUCACAACCAGCAGCGAGGUCUGGGUAACCACCAUUAUCUUCUUCAGUGGGGUUGUUCCAUGACAGAUCACCACAUUAUUAUUUUUUUACGAUUAACUGCUAGAUCUCAGAUUUUGAUUAAAUUUGCUGUGCUGGAUUAUCUCACAUCUCAAAGUCACUAAUGUGAUUUUAAAAAUUCCUAUGCCUUAUAGUUUUUGAGUUAUGGAGGGGUGAAAGUUAGGGAAAUGUUAUAUAUAAAUAUAUAUGUGAUUCAUGUUGCAUCAAAGAAUGAUGAAAUUGGGUCAAAGGUAGGAUUCAGUGGCUUAGCCAAGCUGAUGUUUUCAUAGUACUGGUGACACAAAUCCGUUGUAAACACAGCAACAUAAUUAAGUAAGGCAGAUCUAUAAUGGGUUUGUAUCUCUAGUGCUGGCAAAAGUGGCUGCUCUGUUCUCACUGUCAUCUUCUUGUGUUUUCAAAACAGUGCAAAGCCUUGAAAUAACCUUACUGUGCAUUGUAUCUGUCCACUUUCCUCCAAGUUCAGUAAUGCUUCAGUAAAGCUGAGAGGCUAAUAAUAUGGUUAGACAUUCCUGUUCUCAGACAGUGAGGUCUAGGGCAGGCAUAGGCAAACUCGGUCCUCCAGGUGUUUGGGGACUACAACUCCCAUCAUCCCUAGCUAACAGGACCAGUGGUCAGAAAUGAUGGGAGUUGUAGCCUAUGCCUGGUCCAGGGCUUUAGUUUUCAUUCAGGUGACAGAUCACUAGUACUUAAUUGUGUCUUUAUAAUAACAGUAGAUAUAUAGUACACCCACCCCAAAGUGAGACCCGGGUUCCCCCUUCUUCAUUCACUAAGCCCCAGGAAUGUUGUACCUAAAUCCUGGGUGCCAAUCCCCUGGACUAUAGCAGGGUGCCAAAUAACCGGGCCAAAACAACAUUGCAAGGUAGAGCUGUUGUGCUGCCCCCACCCGCUUGCUUCCCAACCUGAGCCAGGGGAGUAUUGUGUUUCUGGAAAUCCAUGGGAUUCAUGAAAACAACAGCCAAACAGACAAGCCUUCUGAGCUCCAAGCCCACAAAUUACUUGGUAGCAUUGUACCAGUCAAGUACCAAUUUAGAGCUAGAUUUAUUUAAGAAGCCACACCAAGAUAAACGAAGCAAUUUCCUAAGGAGAUUAUAGGCAUAGGAACAUAGUACCCAUAAGAAGACAAUUAAGAAAAAGGCUAAUAGUGUAAAAAUACAGUUGAGAAUUUAAGUACAGCUGUACCUUGGUUCUCGAACGGCUUAGUUGUCAAACAAAUCGGCUCCCAAAUGCCACAAACCUGGAAGUGUUGCGGUUUGCAAAUGUUUUUUGGAAGCCAAACAUCCGACACGGCUUCUGCUUGAGUGCAGGAAGCUCUUGCAGCCAAUCGGAAGCCGCGCCUUGGUUUUUGAACGGUUUUGGGAGUCGAAUGGACUCCUGGAAUGGAUUAAGUUCAAGAAACGAGGUACCACUGUACUGUACAGAAUGGAAAACAACAAAGCUAGCUUGCCUCACCCUAGCACUAACUGUUAGAGUCACUUAACCAGGAAGCAGCAGAAUUUUAAGGUCAUAUAUAUAUAUAUAAUAAAUGUUCAUAAAUAUACCAAUGUCUGGAGCAGCACAGGAAGACCUUCCUGAAACUAUUUUGACUCCCUGAAACCAUUUUAACUCCCAAACUGACCAAAUGUUUUCUCUGCAAGGAGGGAGGGGGUGGGGGAACUUUCCCAUUAUCUCAGGAAGUGGGUGAUCACCAUUUCAGAGGAAUGGGCGGACUACCAGGAGAGGCAAUCAGAUAAGGCAUUAUCAGAAAACCUGCUAGACAGGAAAAACAACAACACUCAAAUUUCUGUUGUAGACCGCCUUUUCUGUGAUGUAGGUAUGAUGUUUGUGGGGGGUGGUCUUGGGUUACACCCCUUCUGUGAUGUAUGUGUGAUGCAUGGAGGGGUGGUCUUGAGCUCCAAGGCAGGGAAUUUAAAAUGUCUAUAUAAGGGCAGGCACACCGUUGUUCUAGGUCCUCCUCCUUUCCUGCAUGUGAGGGGAGCACCCUGUUGCAACAGAUCAAUAAAGAUCAGGCUUACUAGCUGCUUUGCUUCUCAAUAUUCUCUGGUUGGCCUCUGUUAUUUUCUCCUACCAAUAGGGAACCCACGUAAGGACUCUAUAUGGGCUUUUGGAUACCCCAUAAGGGAAGAAGUGCAGAUUUUGUUUACAACAGAUGGCGACGCAUGAAGGGACAUUUGGUUGCCCGGAUUCUGGGAGCGAGGAAGGACUGGUGAUCCAGCGCGCGCCAGGCAGUUUGCCAGGAGGAGCCACCAGUCCUCCAGCGAUCCCAGGGUCUGGAAAUAACUGGAGAUCCACCGGGGUUAACCAGAGGAAGCAAAGCUCAAUCAGGCCGGCCUUAAACAACCAGUCAAGAGAUCCCGGGAUCGCCAGGAACAGUGCAUGCGGAAGUGAGUAUAAGUAGGAAACACGGGUAGUGGGUUGGGUUCUCUAAACCACAGCAACCAAAAUUCUUAUAACAACAACAUAUCCGCAAUAUCCAUACCAAAUGGGGCAGCUGAUAGAAGAUCAGAACCAUUUUUAUAAGAAAUGGUCUGGAUACAAGAGACAGUUGUUGCUUAGCCCAUCAGUGCCUAAGAAUAAUUUCUAGUGCUAGAGGGUGUAUGUCCUGGUUCACCACCGAGACACCUGAGUUAAUUUCUGCCACAGGGUGGCAAGAAGGAACUAAUUAAUAGGACUUUCCUCCCCAGUGAGUGCUCUGAAACCUGAGCUAAAAGCCAUUUUAAAAUAGGCAUUCUGAAUUGGUUUUCCUUUGGCUUGCCUUCACACUUGCCUUCCGGCCACUGUGGUGAAGCCUGAGUUCAUGCUGUUUUCCUUCCCAAUCCUCCGUUUUAAUGCACCAGAGAAAGAAACUAGAAGUUUCUGGUUUUAAACCCACCACAGUUCCUAGCGAAACUAAGCUUCAGCCUUCGUUGUUCCAACCAGUAUUGAAAUAAACUGCUAUUUAAAUAAGCCACAGUUUAUCCAAGAACCAAUGGCACAGAAUCUGUAGUUAGUUCAAAAUCAGAAACAUAUUCUUUCAAUCCCUUCCUCUUGUGUGCUAAUAAGGAUUGGUGAGUGUAGAUCGUGUAAACAGAGAAUCGCAGCUCUUUCAGAUAGCAGGGAGCCUUGUCUGAACUGAGCCUUCUAUAUCUAUUCAAACUAAAAUAAAAUGAUUUUCUCCACCUUCAACCCCUGCAUACACACGUUGAAGGUGCAUUGCCAGUCAUUAAAACCUUCAUUUGGUAACCUCCACAAAGGAAGCACCAACCAACCCACUGUGAUUAUUAACAAGCUGUCAGUUUAACAAUGGAUGGUCGCCCAGCAUCUGUAAUAAAACUAAGAAAAGUUGCUGCCAGUCUGUUUGCUGAUUCUGAAGUGGUCCAUUAAUCUGGUGUGGGUCAUAAUUCACCUGAAUUGAAUCAGGUGAAUCUGCUUUGGAAAUUGAAUAGGGUGGAUUUCUCCUCCAUCUCAAAUAAUAGCAUGUAACUUAUUGUAUAUCGGAUGCCAUAUUGGAAAUACUACAUGGUGAGGAAUUAAUCUUCUUUGCUUUCUUGAGAACAUUGUGGGUAGCUUGACAUGAGUGGCAGCACAUAUGCUGUACAUAUUUUACUCUGUUUCUGUUCGUUAAUAUAAUUAUCCCAGUAAAAUAUCCUGGGACUCCUUUGGAGUUCAUCAGCAGGAUAAAAUCGCUGAUUCUUCGCGAGAUCAGCUUACCUGAAAUAUUUUUUCGUCCACCAUCUUCAAUAUGUAGCUGUCCGGGUGUGCGUUCGGCUUCUGCUGGGAUGUGCUUCUUGAAUGUGCCUUGGAUCACUCCCAGAGUCUUCUCUUCUCAUGAGGUGGCCAAAGUAUUGGAGUCUCAGCUUUUGGAAGGACAGAUGCUGAAGCUGAGACUCCAAUACUUUGGCCACCUCCUGAGAAGAGAAGACUCCCUGGAAAAGACCCUGAUGUUGGGAAAGAUGGAGGGCACAAGGAGAAGGGGACGACAGAGGACGAGAUGGUUGGACAGUGUUCUCGAAGCUACCAGCAUGAGUUUGACCAAACUGCGGGAGGCAGUGGAAGACAGGAGUGCCUGGCGUGCUCUGGUCCAUGGGGUCAUGAAGAGUCGGACACGACUAAACGACUAAACAACAACAACAUAGCCCUCCAGAAUUUGCUGGGCUACAGUUCCCAUCUUCCCUGACAGCUGGCCAUGCUGGUUGGGGCUAAUGGAUGUUGGAGCCCAGCGAUAUCUCAAAAGGGUCACAGGUCCCUUGUGUUGAAAGAUGUGUCUGCAUAGCCAUAUAUGUGCUCAUGUGAGGGAAGAAAGCACGUUAUUUUCAUUGGAGUCAGAUUGACUGGACCCCAAACUACUUGUAAGGGGGAAAAACCUGUAGUAAAACAAUCUAAAAUAAUGCUAACAUGCAGAGUUGUUCCUUGACAUUUUCCAUAAAGUUUGCUGAUGCUGAUAUGUGCGCAACUUGAGGCGUUUUAUUCAUUUAUUUUUAAGAACUGUAGGCUGUGUUUCUCAUGCAUAUUUUUAGCUUUAUCUAGAUUCAUGCAUCCUGACAUACUUCCUGAUUCUGAGCAGUGAAGCGAGAACACUGAGUUCACACUUUUUGCUUCUCGGCCUUGCGUUGCUCCUAAACGGUUUUAUUUGGAUUUUCUUGAUUGAGCAUGCGACAAACGCAGUUUACCAAUACUUUCAAAGAGACUUUUCAACGACAAUGCUGUAGUGUAGCAGAGUGGGAAGAGAACAGCCUUUCUGCAGGGAGAAAGUUUUGUCGCUUCAAACAAAUGUUUGCUGGGUGUACAUUCCCACACAGGAAUUGUACUGCAAAGUAAUGCAAUGCGUCAUUGACUGAGGCUGAGGGCUGGGUGUGGCUGGCUGUUAUAGCCAGGGAGUCGACCAGAGGGAAGAAGUUUUCCCUCUGGUCCAUUGUCUAAAUCGUGCCCCAAAGCUUGCCUGCAAUUGGCCGCAACCACAGAGGAACCCCAGCAGCCAGCACAGCUGGCAGAGGAGGAGGUUAUGCCCUUCUCUGGCCACGCUGAAGCCAGAAUUUCCCCCCCAGCCACAGCUGCUCCAGGCUGCAACCAUCACUCCCCACCAGCCGGCAGAUAAACAGCUAUUCCCACAUACAGUAGGAGUCGUACAACAGAGUUUAAAUGGUUCGGAAGAUUUCAGAGCAUUGCUUGCAGGAGGAUUUUAUUUACAGCCGUUUAUCUCUUUAAAAUUCUUGCUAGAUGUGCAUUGGAUUUUUAAAAGGGUGAAAUGAAAUAUCCGGGAGCGACGCGUUAAAGCCACAUAUAUAUAGUAAAUGGAAAAGAGGUGCAUAUUUAUUGCCACCAACUAUUGUGUAGAAAGAUUUUGUGUACUGCUCCAUUCUUUGUUGUGAAUUGGGUGUUAACAUGUGCACCAACAGCUUUUAUUUUCCCUUUCCUCUGGUUUUGGUCCUUUAUGAGCAUAUAAAUUUACGCAUGUUUUGAGGGAUGCUUUCCAUCUUCAUAACUGGAUCACUUCCAGAAGGCCUGCAAAAAGAACAGUCAUCCUGUACUUGUACAAAAUUUGUUCCAUAGUUAUACUAUGUCCGCUAUUUACUGAAGAUUCGGUCUAGUUUUUUAUUAAUAGUUUCUUAAUUGAAUUUUUCAAAAAGAAACAAAAACAGUCAAACGAAACAAACUAAAUAAUUUGUGAGGAACUUCUGUGACACUGAACCAAACCAUUGUUAUUCCACACUUCGGGCUAUAUUUCCCCCUCACUUUCCUUACUGCAAACAAUUACAUUUUUUUUGGAAAAAUAUUUGUUGGGAAAAAUUUGUCAUGCCCAUUUGAAUUAUGUAACCUUAAUUUUCUGGCAUGUGAUUGAAUCCCACUUGCACCAUAGCAACAAUCUUAACUUAAACUUAGUUAAUAUGAUUAGACAGCAAAUAAUAUUGUUGCUUAAAAUAUUGACUUAUGAAAGUUUAAGACACAUGGCUAGUUGUGGAUCAGACAUUGGUAUGCAGAAAUCUUCUUGACAUACUUGUGUCAGUCUCUGAAGAAUGAAUCAUUAUAAAUUCAUUUAUGGGAGUCACUUGCAAGAACACUCCUAGUAAUGAAAAUUGAUUUAAUAAUCUGAGUAAGAAAUUUAACCCUAUGAGGGUUUUUUACUAUGUCUUCUGUCUUCUGCAGUCGUUGACAGCUAUCAGUAAUUAUGAUGCAUUUGUGCUCCACCUUCAGGAAUGUCAAAGCCAUUGAGCAAUGUGUUGUUAAGUUUCACUUGAACAAGAAUUGUGCUGUGCCCUCUUCUGGCAUAGUCCAUAAAAUUGAAUUUUGCAAUAUCUCUGAAAUUUUGUACUGUAAUCUCAUGCAUUUUAAAAAUGUGACCUCUUUACACAUUUGUUUGACAUGUUGCAGAAAAAGUACCGAAAAGGAUCAGUUGACAUUUCCAAAAUCAAGUGUGUGGAAAUCGUGAAGAAUGAUGCUUUAGUUAUUCCCUGUCAAAAUAAAUACCCAUUUCAGGUAAGUUUCUAGGGUUGAAAACGCAGUCAACUCCAUAAAUAACUAAGUCUAGUCCCGAUGUUUGGACUACAGCUCCAGGAGAGCAAGAGGGUGCGCACCGAUCCCUCUUGCUCUCCCGGCUUCAGCAAUAGCUGCGCAGCCUGCAUUCACUCCAUAAGACGCACACACAUUUCCCCUUACUUUUUAGGAGGAGAAAAGUGUGUCUUGUAGAGCGAAAGAUACGGUAUAUCAGUGUCACAAUAGCACCAUACAUAUCUAUGGUGCAACCACAAAUUUGAAUACUGUGUACCCUUGCCUCAGUAAGGAUAUGCAGAGCUGGAAAAGGUUCAGAAAAGGAAAACCAAAUGAUCAAGGAGAUGGGACUACCCCCCUAUGAGGAAAAACACAACAUUUCCUGUUUGUGAGUUCAAGGGGGAAAGUGAGCAAGGAGAAGGUUGAGAGAAGUUUGGGUCACUCAUUGAAGCUGUGUAUUGGAAGAUUCAGGAGAGGCAAAAGGAAGUACUUCACACAACACUUUGUUUAACUAUGGAAUUGUCUCCCAGAAGAUGUAGUGAUGGCCACCAACUUGGAUGAACACUACCUACCUGGGCAGAUGAACGAGACAAUCAGAAACAGUACCUUCAUCUUGACAGAACUGAGUGUUAGUUUACUGGUCCAGUCUAUUACGGAUCCCAAGCACCAAUUUUGCACUUAUUGAGGAGAUAUGAGCUGUAUAGUAGUCAAUAAAGCACAGCCAAUAUUGCCACUCUUAUCGUAACUUUUCUCUUCUUCGUCCUUUCCAGGUUGUGUAUGAAAACAGCACACUUUAUAUUUUUGCUCCCACUGCAUACAGUAGAGAUCAGUGGGUAAGGAACUUGAAAGAAGGUAACUGCAGCUGUUUAUAACAUUUGCAUAUGAGUGGAGAGAAGGAAAGAACCCUGAUCGAAAAGGCUAACAAAGAACUUUCACAAAUGUGCAUACUGAUGCAUCCCCAGCCACCAUUAUUUAAAAACAGAAAAUAGCAAUUUGCGUCUAGUGAUAUAUUUCUUGGUGAGAGGGAGGAGAAGUCAAUUGAAAACUAUGUGGGGUAGAACAGUGAGAAGGGGAUCAUAACUACUUGUACAAGUCAUGUCUUCAUAAGAAAUAAUAUUUCAACAUCUUCAACAUUUAUUUCCCUCUUCUUGGGAACCCUAAGAAUAGAUCUAGAUACCAUCAAAUGCAUCUUCCUUAAACACUUCCCUUCUGGUUAAUGCUAAUGUUGGAGCAUGGUACAUGCAGGAGAUAACAAGCUGCUUAACCCUUCCUGCGUCUACCAGCAAAUGCCUUCUUCAAGGGCAAACAUUUUCCCUGCAGGCGUCUUAUGGUCUUCUUAUGAUCUUGAAGACUGUCCCAGUGAAUUCUUUUUAAAGUAUUUGCAGGAGAGAAUCAGUGGACAAGGGAUUAAGCACCUCUACCCAUUGAUUUUUUUCUCUUGUAGUUCCCCUACCAGUCGUUGCCCCAUGUUUAUGUUAUGGAGCCAAAAUAGGACUCCCAGUGCUAUGGUGCUGAGUAACAUCUAAUUCCAUCCUAAGAAUGGGCCUGUAAGGGCCUGUAUGUGGGCCUGUAAGGAAGUAGGAAUCUCUAAUGGAGGACUCUCAGCGCCUGACUAAAUUGUAAUUCCCAGAAUUCAUUGGGAGAAACCGUGAUAGUUAAAUUGAUGUAAACUGAGUAUAAAUUUCAAGUAGAGGUUGAGGCAUAAUUUAAGGUCUUUGACUGUGUAGAAUCCCCACUUUAUCUACUAUGUUUUGGAUUAUGAGAGCAGCAAAGCAAAAAAAAAAAAAAGAACUGUAUCCCACACAAAUGUAUCCCAAAAUAAGGAAGUACUCAGAGCAAAGCCCAAAACUUCAUUUUACCAUAGAUGAUUUGGUCGUUAAUGAUAUGGUAGAUCAUUUGACUUUUAAUAAUGUCUGAAUAAUGCCUGUUUGCAUAGAUAUUUUAUAUUUUGGUGGCGUUUUUCAUGUUCCGGUGUACUUAAUCUCUGAAGAGUGGAGAUGUGUCAAUAAGGAUGGUUCCCUUAGGCUAAAAUAUUAACAGUGCUGAAGCUAGAAGAUUAAAUUACUAACAAAACAUGGCAUUUUGGCCUGAAAUGUUGGCAUUUUUCUUUUCUGUAGAAAUAAAAAACAACAAUAAUAUAAUGGUUAAGUACCACCCUAAAUUCUGGACAGAUGGAAUCUACCAGUGCUGCAGACAAACAGAAAAAUUAGCGCCUGGAUGUGAAAAAUAUAACCUCUUUGAAAACGGUAAGUGCUUGUAUUCAUUGUACCAGGGUAGCCAGACUUCAGGCUUGUACAAUCUGCACCCUUAUAUCCCGGAACCCUAAAGUACACCAACUGGACCUAGGUUGCAAACUAGUGGCUCAGGUAGGUAGACAUACACUAAGAAUUAAGAGUCAAAAGCUCUGAGCACAUUUUCAGCCCAAGACUUUUUGAUCCGUAUCAGAACCAAGCUCACCAGGCCAAGCGUUCUUCUUCAGCAAUUUAAUGUGGUAGUGGGGAAGCUUUUUACUUGCUGCUGUUGUGUUGGAAUCUAACCCCACCUGUGUGUAUCUGAAGAAGUGUGCAUGCACACAAAAGCUUAUACCCAGAACAAACUUAGUUGAUCUCUAAGGUGCUAAUGGACAAUUUUUAAAUUUUUUUAUUUAUCCCAUCUCUUCAGUUUCCCUCCCCGCAGCCUCCCAGAUUGCUCCCCUUCCUCUCCUCUCAGUUAUUUCUCUUUAUGUUCAGCUGCUCUGGUUUCAAUAUGAACUUUCAAAAAAUGAAAGAGGAAAUGGGAAGUGUGUCCCUCGAUGUACUUUUGGAGGCAGGUAGAUGGUAAUGAUCCUUGCCAGCUUAUAAUGAAAGCCAAGAAACCAACUCUAUGAGGCUGAGGUGUAUUCGCCCCAUAGCAUGUGGUGUAGUGGUUAAGAGUGGUGGACUCGUAAUCUGGCGAACCGGGUUCGAUUUCCUGCUGCUCCACAUGCAGUUGCUGGGUGACCUUGGGCCAGUCUCAGCCUCACUCACCUCACAUAGUGUUUGUUGUGGGGGAGGAAGGGAAAAGGAGAUUGUUAGCCGCUUUGAGACUCCUUAGGGUAGUGAUAAAGCGGGAUAUCAAAUCGAAACUCCCCCUCCUCCUCCUCCUCCUCCUCCUCCUCUUCUUCUACUACUACUACUUCUUCCCUCAUAUCUGUUGAAGGGACAGAAGAGGCUGAGCGUGGAGCCAAGAGCAGAAUGGCUUCAGUGGCUGGCUUCUCCUGAACACGAGAGAGGAGGAGCCCCCUGCCUCCACUGAAACUGUGCUUCACUGGGCUCUGCGCUCAGCCUCCUCCCGAUGAUGUGUGCGCAAUGCGUGCGCAUAAUGUCACAUGCAUGCAACUCGUGCUGGGUCCAUGGCGUCGUACACGGUACCUCUGAUGAAAGCAGUUGUGAGCAGCAAGGUUCGUAGACUUUGUGGCCAUGCAUAAGGAUGCAGCUUUGGCAACCCUAGUGUUUAAUAAUUGCCAGUCAUGCCAGUCUUGUGCAAAUCACCCAGAGAUAUGUCAGCAGAUCCCAAUCUACCUUAAGGUCAUCCCUGUUGUGUACUAUUUAUGGACCUACUUAGACUCAUACUAUAACCAGGGUGAUUGCUGCCACCUCCAUAAAGGUUCCUAUUCCUGUUUAAAUGCUUCUGCCUGUGGUGGUUAUUGUUAUUAUUAUUAAUUGAAUUUAUAUACCAUCGUAUACCCAGGGGUCUCAGGGACCUUGGGGUCCCUUUCAACUCUACAAUUCUACAAUUCUUCUGACAGCAUGUUCAGCACACUACACCAUACAAUGUCACCAUACACAUUUUCAGAUUCUGCUUUGAACCACAAUGAUGGUUAAUGUUGAUGCCAAAUUAACUUAAUGGGUUAGACCCAGUGUGGAAAAUUUGCACAUCAGAAGUGCAGGGGGGGGGAGAGAAUGCAUGAAAUCCUGUGGCUCGCUUUCAUCUGUGUUGGUUAAUCCAUAACCAUUUCUAAUGGUUGAUCAAUCAGCAGCAUGAUAUGAUUAGGGGAAGUGCAACCAUUCUGAUCUUUCAAAAAUCUUGAUGUUACAUACUUAAGCCUUUAACAGAUACCUCUAAAUUCAGACUCUGUGAUUUCUAUGGUUUGUUUUAGGUAUGAAGACUUUGCCUCCAUCAAUGCCGGAUAAAAGUAAGGUAAGGAGAGAAUUCAGAGCACUAAGGAGCUAUAGCUGAUAAGAGUUAAUGGUUGCUAGUCUGAUGGCUGUAUUAUCAGCAGUAUCAGAGGUGGUUUAUCUCUGAGUUGCGGUGGAUCACAAGUAAAAAAGUGUUGUUGUGCUCAGGUACUGCUUGAGCUUCCUAUUGGCAUCUGGCUGGUCACUGUAAGAUUUUAUGGGUCUUUGGUCUGAUUCAGCAGGGGUUGUCUUAUUCUUUUAACUUACAUUCAGUUCUGUACUAUUAUAAUUGGAACUAUAUAUUUCAGGUUGUAAUACAACCUGAAAUAUAGGUAAUCCAAAUCCAAUGGGGGUCUGAAUAAAAGCUCCAACUCCACGGCCUAGGACCCUCAUACCUACGGGACCGCCUCUCCCGGUAUGCCCCACAGAAGACCUUAAGGUCCAUAAACAGCCGCACCCUAGAGGUCCCGGGCCCUAAGGAAGUUAGAUUAGCCUCAACCAGAGCCAGGGCCUUUUCAACACUGGCUCCGGCCUGGUGGAACGCUCUGCCUCAUGAGACCAGGGCCCUGCAGGAUCUGAUUUCUUUCUGCAGGGCCUGUAAGACAGAGUUGUUCUGCCUGGCUUUUGGCUUUUGAUUCCCUCCCCCUCUUUCUUUUUCCUUUCUCCUCCUGUUGAUGAGGCUGCUUUUUAAUGUUUUAAUGUUGUAUUUUAAUCUUGUUUUUAAGUUGUAUUCAUUCAACUUGUUUUUAUUAUUGUUUGUUAACCGCCCUAAGCCUGGCCUUGGCUGGGGAGGGCAGGGUAUAAAUAAAUUUUUUUAUUAUUAUUAAUGGACUCAGCAUACACAUGUUUGGAAACAUGUAUCUGCUGAGGCAACAUAUCAUUAUACCCUGACUGUCAUGUGCUGUGCCAUAUGCUAUGCUUAAUUAUUCUACUCAGAUCAGUAUGCUGUAUUUCCAUACAAAUGCUAGUAUUCAAAGGCAUAUGCUUAUGCUAGAUCUGUGCAAACAGGUUUCUGUCUCUUCUGUCAAAACUCCCAAGCCAAUUCUUAGCAACCAGACACCCACACCCUGCAGCUUGCCUCCCCUCCAACCACCCACUACAUCCUACCUGUUCUAAACUUGCUAACCUAAGCCCAGGUCUUUUGUAACACAGUUGUGCUAACCUUCUGUUGUCUUAAUGGCUCGUUCCCCCCACGAGGUUUCCUCCCAAGGAAAUUGGUUGUGACUUAAUUAACAAUUAACUCAUGUUAAUUUUCUAGGAUUAAGAGGUGUCUCCAUUUAAGAUGUCUGCCUGACUUAAUUAGUUUUUACUUAUGCUAAUUCCAAGGACUUUGAAGUUGGUCUCACACAAGACCCAAUGAUAUGUCUUAAGUCAGAAGGAUCUGACAUCCUGUUUUAACAUACCAGUUCCAAUUAAAGUCUGACGUUUAUUAAACCCAGGCAUUUAGCCCUCCCACCAGACCUAUAACAAUAACCUUAAUUAAAUAUAAUGAUUAGAAUCUGUAAGUGAAAAUAGUUCUAAUACCUUGUUUCAUUUUCAGAGAAGGCCCCCACCCCCUGUUCCCCAGGAAGAAGAGGAGGAAGAGGAAGAAAUAGUAGUAGCCAUGUAUGACUUUCAGCCCACGGAACCUCAUGACUUGAGACUGGAAAGAGGUCAAGAAUAUACUAUCCUUGAAAAAAAUGACAUUCACUGGUGGAAAGCAAGAGAUAAAUAUGGGUAAGGAAUCUUAAAAAGCAGAGACAUCACCUUGCCAACAAAGGUCCAUAUAGUUAAAGCUAUGGUUUUCCCAGUAGUGAUGUAUGGAAGUGAGAGCUGGACCAUAAAAAAGGCUGAUCACCGAAGAAUUGAUGCUUUUGAAUUAUGGUGCUGGAGGAGACUCUUGAGAGUCCCAUGGACUGCAAGAAGAUCAAACCUAUCCAUUCUUAAGGAAAUCAGCCCUGGGUGCUCACUGGAAGGACAGAUCCUGAAGCAGAGGCUCCAAUACUUUGGCCACCUCAUGAGAAGAGAAGACUCCCUGGAAAAGACCCUGAUGUUGGGAAAGAUGGAGGGCACAAGGAGAAGGGGACGACAGAGGACGAGAUGGUUGGACAGUGUUCUCGAAGCUACCAGCAUGAGUUUGACCAAACUGCUGGAGGCAGUGGAAGACAGGAGUGCCUGACAUGCUCUGGUCCAUGGGGUUAUGAAGAGUCGGACAUGACUAAACAACAACAAAGGAAUCUGACCAUUAUUUCAGCUUUUUAAUACUGCCAGAAAUGGAUGGUACAACGAUUCCAAUAGAUGUAACUGCAUUAUGAUGGCCAUUACUAACAUUUUAAUUGUUGGUGAAUGGGUGUCCAACCUUUUUUUCGCUCAAGAGCCAGCACCCCUCCAAAGGUUGUGUGCCAGCAUGCCUGGGUACACAUUUGCAUGCAUGCAUUCCAGGAACUUGCCUGAAGGCAGCCACCACCUAAGAAUGGAUUCAUGUUUGCUGAUGCGCUGGCACAAAGAAGACUUCUAUCACAUCAUGCAGAAGGGAGCUUCCUUCACCCCACACCUUGCUUGCAAUACACAUGCGAAAGAGAGGGAAGAUCUUCUGCUCUUCUUCCUGUAGUUUCCCUUCAAUGGCUGAUAAAGUGAUAAUGAUCUAUAACUGCUGUUCUCACCACUUUGGCUGCUCUCUAGAAUGAUAGUUAGAGAUUGUAUAUCUUCGUAAGGCAUUGGCCUGAAGCUUCUGGAAGCACAGAAACUUUUUAAAACAAACAAACAAACAAACUAUAAUUUUUUAAUAAACAACUAUGGCACAAAUAGGGACGCGGGUGGCGCUGUGGAUUAAACCACAGAGCCUAGGACUUGCCGAUCAGAAGGUCGGCAGUUCGAAUCCCCGUGACGGGGUGAGCUCCCAUUGCUCGGUUCCAGCUCCUGCCAACCUAGCAGUUUGAAAGCACGUCAAAGAGCAAGUAGAUAAAUAGGUACCGCUCUGGCGGGAAGGUAAACGGUGUUUCUGUGCGCUGCUCUGGUUCACCAGAAGCGGCUUAGUCAUGCUGGCCACAUGACCCGGAAGCUGUACACCGGCUCCCUCGGCCAAUUAAGCGAGAUGAGCACCGCAACCCCAGAGUCGAUCACAACUGGACCUAAUGGUCAGGGGUCCCUUCACCUUUACCUUUAUGGCACAAAUGUCAGGGAACGGCGUCUCCAGAUACGACCAAAAAGGUCUCUGGAGGGAGGGGCGUAUGUGUCCAUGGUUUCCAUUUAUCUACUGCUUAAUAUUUUAAAAUCUCCUAAGUGAUGUAAAACAUAAAAAUAAUACCACUAAAAUAAAAAUACAGCAUAAAACAGUGAACAGUAGUAGAAAAGCAGGGAUUCAGACACAUAAAACAGAGUCUGAUCGUAUGGGUCAGGGAAAUCCUGGAGAAAAAGAGAUGUAUUUCCAAUAUAUCUGAAGCAACUUAACGGGCAGAGGGAAGGGCAUUCCAUAGUAUAGGGGCAACAGCAGAAAAUACCUGCUUUCAGGUCACUAUCCUAUCAUAUUCAGCAGGGUGUGGUACCACAAGUAGAAUUUCCCCAGAUGAUUUAAGCAUCUAUAAAGGGACAGGUGGUCUUUCAGAUGACUUAGUCCUGAGUUGUUUAGGGCUUUGUGUGCUAGCAACCAGACCUUGAGCAUGUACCAGUUCCUUCAGCAAAAGUGUAAUAUGUGCAAUAAGUGCUCCAUUCAACAUGCUGCCUUCUGUGUUUAUCAUGAAGAUUAAAUAGAUGGAUCCAGAAUUUGAUUGAUGCACCUUCAACAUGCUAUAAAGAAUAUAUUUUAAAAGAUGCUGGGAAUAAGAGUUCGCAUUAAUUUCUUGAUUUAUAAUGAGAAAAUGUUAGUAGCACUAAUACGUAUGUUGAAAGCAACCGUAUAUAUAUAUAUAUAUACACACACACACACACACAUAUAUAUAUAUAUAUAUAUAUAUAUAUAAAGGUAAAGGUACCCCUGCCCGUACGGGCCAGUCUUGGCAGACUCUAGGGUUGUGCGCUCAUCUCACUCUAUAGGCCGGGAGCCAGCGCUGUCCGCAGACACUUCCAGGUCACGUGGCCAGCGUGACAAGCUGCAUCUGGCGAGCCAGCGCAGCACACGGAACGCCGUUUACCUUCCCGCUGGUAAGCGGUCCCUAUUUAUCUACUUGCACCCGGAGGUGCUUUCGAACUGCUAGGUUGGCAGGCGCUAGGACCGAAUGACGGGAGUGCACCCCGCUGCGGGGAUUCGAACCGCCGACCUUCUGAUCGGCAAGUCCUAGGCGCUGAGGUUUUACCCACAGCGCCACCCGCGUAUAUAUAUAUAUAUAUAUAUAUAUAUAUUAUCCUGUGCAUUGCUUUGAAUACCCUGUGUGGGCUAGAUAGAUGACUGUGGAAUUUAUAAAUAAAUGCAAGUUUGUUACUCUGACAUUGUUAUAAUAUGUGUUUUCUAAGCAUGGGUUUCUUUUGGUCACUUCUAGAAGCAAAGGAUAUAUUCCAAGCAACUAUGUAACAGGAAAGAAGUCCAACAGUCUAGAUCAAUAUGAGUAAGUAAAUACUUGAAUGUAGUACCCAGGAGCAAAUUCUGUAUGUAUGUAUUUUGGCAACUGAAUAAAAAUAAUUGGCUGAAUCAAGUGAGCUCUGACAUACACUUCUACAGUAUUCUUCAUUCACCAGUUUGAGAGUAAGCUAACAUUUAAAAAAGCACUCCUGACUGGUUCCAAAACUUCAUAAAAGCUGUUGUUCUGUAAAACACCUACUGAUACCUACCCUCUUUAUUCACAGAAAAUCAACACAGUAGAGCAGCUAAGGGCCACUUCACAUUUUACAUUAAGAAAAAUUGAUAUAUGCAUAUAUGAGUACACACCACAAGGAAAUAAAGCUAAUUCAGAACUCCUUGUGACUUGUUACAGACAUAACGCCGCUAUUUUAUUUACCAUGAUUAAGAUAUUAAAAGCAGUUCGUGGUUUGAGCUCCCCCUUCACACCGCUUCAGCACAAACAUUCCCACACAUUUUCCUUGUCUGUCUUAAUCAUGCUCCUUUAUUAACUGAGAGAGAAUCCGGUUAGCAUCAAUAUUUUUUUAACAAUGCAGAUAUUUAACACUAAACCAUGGUAAACAGAAAUGUGGUGUGUGUAUUUCUGUAUGCAUUUAUAGGGAAUAAACACAGAAGAGAGAAUAAUGGCAUUGGCGAAGGAGCUCAUAACCUAUUCCCAAAUUCUUAAGCAUGGUUAAGGGAUCAGCAGGAUGUCUGAACUGGAUCUGUUCCAUGUCACAUCCAAAGUGAGCAGCCUAACAUAUUACAGCUUUUUAUUUUCCCUCCUUUCUCUUUAGAUGGUACUGUCGAAAUCUAAACAGAAGCAAAGCUGAACAACUCCUAAGAAAUGAAGUGAGCAUUUGCUUUAUAAUGUUUCCAAGUACAACAUAAAAACUUAAACCAACUUUAUUUCAUAUGCUUGAAUGAAUCAUAAAUAAUUCAAAUAGGAAAAGCUUGAUGAAUGAAGUUUUCAUUUUUUUUUAUUGGAUUUUAGGAUAAAGAAGGUGGUUUCAUGGUGAGGGACUCUAGUCAACCAGGGUUAUAUACAGUAUCCCUUUAUGCAAAAUUUGGAGGGUAAGUUGCUCAAUCCACAGAUUAUACCCCCCCUUGACGAUUUCUUGCUUGUAUGCAUAUAAACAUCUGGCUUCCUCAUUUAAGACAAAUCACACAUAUUUUAUCAUCAAACCUUUUCUGUAGAAGUAAGCUGAAACGUGUGCCUCCACUCAAUUAUCCAAACAGGUCAUUGCGUCAACUAAAUUAGAUCAAAUGAUGUCCUAGGAUUGGUUUUAUUAUUCUAGCUAGUUGGAACUGGUCUCUUCUUUGGUAAUGGAAGUUUAGAAUAAUUAAGAAGGUGGGAACAGUCUCUAAAUUAAUUUCUGAUGGGCUAUAUGACCACCCGCAUUAAAGUCAGAGCUUCUCUCGACUUCAGUCCAAAGUCUCACCCACAUCUGUAAAGGCUGGCGUUUGCUGACCUCAGAUUCCCAUGAAACUGUGAGGCAGCCCCUCAGCCCCUCGCCUCCAUUUUCACGAGGAACUCUCCUUGUUCACUUAAGCCUCAGAAUGGAUCCUGUGCAUUGCCUUUGCACAUACCAAGGAUACACUUUAUGUAAGUUGCUGUGGAACGCCCUCCCAUCAGAUGUCAAAGAGAUAAAUAACUACCUGACAUUCAGAAGACAUCUUAAGGCAGCCCUGUUCAGGGAAGUUUUUAACAUGUAACGCUGUACUGUUUUUAACACUUGAUUGGGAGCCGCCCAGAGUGGCUGGGGAAGCUCAGCCAGAUGGGCGGGGUAUAAAUAAUAAAUUAUUAUUAUUAUUAUUAUUAUUAUAAACUAUCAUCGGGAAUAUAUAUAUAGCUGUAAAGUUCACCAGAAAUGUAUUUGUUUGUUUUCUUUAAUGUUGCUUUUUAUUCUUCCUUCUCUCUCAAUUUGAAUUUUUAAAAUGCUGGUAUUACAAGCCUGGGGUAGACUAAAUAACUUUACUAGCUUGUAGGGUUGGUCUCACACAUGUGUGAGUGCUUGUGCUUAAGCUACCUGCCUACUUCUACUGUAGCUGCAUUUUCACAAUCGUUGUGAACAAAAGAGGCAAAGACUGUAAUUGUUCUUUAGCAGCUCACUUCAGUUAACAGUUUCAGGGCAAAGUUUGUGCCUCAGUUACUCUACUGAUUGAAAAACACUUGUAAAUGUUUUAGUAAAAUACUUUAUUAGCAAAAUACGUAACAUAAUUAUGUCUAGAGUAAAUGAAAAACCAAAUUAUUCUUAUUGUUAUUUUUAGAGAAGGGUUAUCUGGAAUAAGACACUACCAUAUAAAAGAAACGAUGACAUCACAAAAGCAGUACUACCUAGCUGAAAAACAUUUAUUUGACUCCAUUCCUGAGCUAAUUGAGUAUCAUAAACACAACGCUGCAGGUAAAUGAGUCCAAGUUUUUUAUCACUUGAUUGAAUGCUGCUUAACAAUCUAGUUGCAUAACUUCGGGAGACAAGUACAUCUUCCUAGCUAGAGAGCCUGUUGCCCCCUGCAUAGGUCUGCAUUUUCAAGCUCUGUCUCCAAGCACGCCCCACCCCUGCCGCUUUCUGUAGGAAAACCCACUCUUUAAUGCUAAAUCGGAACAAAUGGCAAUUUGGGUUUUCCACGGAUUGUUGUUUGCUCCAAUUCAGCAGCAAAGAGUGGGUUUUCAUGGAGAAAGUGCUGGGGAAAGUGUGAAUGUGUGCCUAGAAAUGCGAUCCGAAAGGAAGUCCAGAUGAACCCUGCGUACCCAAGUGGGGUUUUUGGAUUUGUUUUACAGUAGUAUUCCAUGCUUUAUCACGCCUUGCCCCUAAAACUCCCUUCAGUUUCAAAAAAUAAUUUGAAGUUCAGCAUGGGCGUCGUUUGCUGCUCGAGAAACAAGUUAGAUGUAGACUUUUAGUUUUUAAAUAACAAUUGGGGUGUUUUCCCUGGAUACUGUACGUUUGGUAUUUGCGCAAGAAAGCAAACUAUUAUUCUGUACCCCUCCUGUGCUCCCCCUCUUAUUUGACUUUUUUUUAACCUUCGUGGUUCCAAAUUAUCCUUGUAAUGUAUUCUAUACCCUUGAACAUUUUUAACUGCAGGCUGCUCCUAAUUUUUUAAGCUUCUGAGAACACUUAUUUUAUUAUAUCUUAACAUAUUUGACAGCAAAGUGAAUGAUUAUUAAUUAACAAAAAUAUGGCAACCCAAUAUCAUGGUAAGCACUAAUAAUAGCAGGACUACAUUACUACCCUUCCUAAUUCCUGAUAUAGUCUCCAUAUGGAUUUCCCCCAAACUUUCAGGUCUUGUUACAAGGUUACGAUACCCAGUGACUCCAAAGGUGAAGCCUUCCCCAACUACGGCAGGAUUCAGUUAUGGUACGUUUACACACCUACAUAACAAAAUAUUUAUUUUGAAAGUGUGGGGAUUCUGUAAAUCAACAAAGAGGCAAUUUUGUUUGAAAUUGAGUAUCUUCUUAUGUUCUUGGUAACGGAUAGUUCAACAUCUGCAGUGCUGAGAAGCCUUAUCAACUCUGUAAGCCUACGGUUGAUGAAAUAGACAUGACAGUCAUGUGAUGGCCCUUACAUGCUUGUUUUUAAUUGACUAAAUAACAGCCGUGGAAUGGGGCAAUCUGGAUGAGGACCACUGCAUGAAGGGUGGGGUUUUUUUAACUCUUUGCCCCUGCCAUGGUCCUGAUUUAGAUCCUCACCUCCAUGGUUGCUAUUUGCCCCAGGGAAGUUGACAUUGGCACUUGUAAUGUUAGCCCAGAGCAACUAGCAGCCGCAGGAACAAAGAGUUAAAAGAGCCCCCUCCCUACAGCUCUUGGAAAAAAGCCUUCUAAUAAAAGCAGAGACAUCACCUUGCCAACAAAGGUCCGUAUAGUUAAAGCUAUGGUUUUCCCAGUAGUGGUGUAUGGAAGCGAGAGCUGGACCAUAAAGAAGGCUGAUCGCCGAAGAAUUGAUGCUUUUGAAUUAUGGUGCUAGAGGAGACUCUUGAGUGUCCCAUGGACUGCAAGAAGAUCAAACCUAUCCAUUCUUAAGGAAAUCAGUCCUGAGUGCUCACUGGAAGGGCAGAUCAUGAAGCUGAGGCUCCAAUACUUUGGCCACCUCAUGAGAAGAGAAGACUCCCUGGAAAAGACCCUGAUGUUGGGAAAGAUUGAGAGCACAAGGAGAAGGGGACGACAGAGGACGAGAUGGUUGGACAGUGUUCUCGAAGCUACCAGCAUGAGUUUGACCAAACUGCGGGAGGCAGUGGAAGACAGGAGUGCCUGGCGUGCUCUGAUCCAUGGGGUCACGAAGAGUCGGACACGACUAAACAACAAACAACAACAAAGAAGAAAACAAACACACAAGCACCAAUCCUGUGAUUGGGGUUGUGUCUCGUUUAGGCCUUAAAAUAGCCUUUCCCAGGACAAUAUAGUAGGAUCUACUCUUCCCCUACUCUAUGAUUAUUAUGAUAGGUUAGGUCCAACAGUAAUUCAUAUGAAAUAUAAUAGAGUGUAACUAGACUAAGGGGGAAAGGAGAAAUAUUGGCACUAGACUGAAAGAUGCUGGAACAAGAAUUAAUCACCAUGUUAACGACAGAUGGGAUGUGGAGUAAUGUCUUAAAUUACAAAAGCAUAGUCUAACACAUUAGGGGUUGAAGCUUUCUUGAGAAGUGACACAAGCGGCCCAGAGAAGUACUAGAUCGCAGUGCUUAUAUUUUAGCAAACAAAGGCUGGGUUGGCUUCUGUCAAGUGUGAGAAGCAUGAGAGAUGUUGCUUCAGAAGGGGCAGGUGGAUUAAAGUACUCAAUCUACAUUUUGUUGGUUUGGGUCUAUCCACACCUUCUUCUAGUCACACUCCGGGUUUUCUCUUGAUUGAUGUUUGCUCUGAUUUAGAACUGAAUACAGUGGUACCUUGGGUUACAUACGCUUCAGGUUACAUACGCUUCAGGUUACAUACGCUUCAGGUUACAUACGCUUCAGGUUACAUAUGGUUCAGGUUACAAACUUCGCUAACCCAGAAAUACCUGGGGUUAAGAACUUUGCUUCAGGAUGAGAACAGAAAUUGUGCUCCGGCGGCACGGCGGCAGCGGGAAGCCCCAUUAGCUAAAGUGGUGCUUCAGGUUAAGAACAGUUUCAGGUUAAGAACGGACCUCUGGAACGAAUUAAGUACUUAACCCGAGGUACCACUGUAGUGGGUUUUCCAUGGGAAAAGGAGCAGGGACAAGAGGGGAUACCACUUGGAUCCCUGCCUAGAAAGCGUCAGUCAAGCAGAAAACUGCCUUGAUGAGCCCUCAAUAAAAUGUCUCCUGUGAAAGAUUUGUCUGUAUCAGAAAGUUGGGAGCUUAGGUAUAAAAAGUUUUAGAUUUUUUUAAUAAACAAAACAAAACUACAAGAACCUGUUGAGUGGAGAGGAUUCCUGAAGAUCCAGUUGCUGUGGAGUCAUCUUCUUUGAGAAAGAUGUCCCAACUAUCCAUUUUUUAAGGAAGGCUUUGAGAAUGAGAAGUGGGGAUCCUGCAGCGAGUGCCAAAGUUCUCUGGUUGUGGGAAAGGAUGGAUAAUGGUUUUGGCUGGGUCCCUUUCAGAAAAAGAAAAAGGGAACCAGGGGGGGCAUAAGCAUUGUCUUCCUCUGAACACCUUCGUUUUAUUUUCCUCCCUUGUAGAGAAAUGGGAGAUCAAUCCUGCCGAGCUCACCUUCAUGAGAGAGUUGGGCAGUGGCCUUUUUGGCGUGGUGCGCCUUGGAAAAUGGAGAGCGCAAUAUAAAGUGGCCAUCAAAGCAAUCCGAGAAGGUGCAAUGUACGAAGAGGACUUCAUAGAAGAAGCUAAAGUGAUGAUGUAAGUAACGUGUACAGGUGCUAGGCUUUGCUUUUAAAACCCAAAAGAGCCCGGUCCUUAUGUAUCUUCUCCCUAGGGUAUUUGCAUGCAGCUUUCUUUAUUUAAAGGGACGCUGGUGGUGCUGUGGGUUAAACCACAGAGCCUAGGACUUGCCGAUCAGAAGGUCAGUGGUUCGAAUCCCUGCAACGGGGUGAGCUCCCAUUGCUCGGUCCCUGCUCCUGCCAACCUAGCAGUUCAAAAGCAUGUCAAAGUGCAAGUAGAUAAAUAGGUAUCGCUCCGGCGGGAAGGUAAACGGCGUUUCCGUGCGUUGCUCUGGUUCGCCAGAAGCAGCUUAGUCAUGCUGGCCACAUGACCCAGAAGCUGUACGCCGGCUCCCUUGGCCAAUAAAGCAAGAUGAGCGCCACAACCCCAGAGUCGGCCACGACUGGACCUAAUGGUCAGGUGUGCCUUUACCUUAUUUAUUUAUUUAAAGUACAGUGGUACCUCGGGUUACAGAUGCUUCAGGUUACAGACUCCGCUAACCCAGAAAUAUUACCUCGGGUUAAGAACUUUGCUUCAGGAUGAGAACAGAAAUUGUGCUCUGACGGCGCAGCGGCAGCAGGAGGCCCCAUUAGCUAAAGUGGUGCUUCAGGUUAAGAACAGUUUCAGGUUAAGAACGGGCCUCCGGAACGAAUUAAGUACUUAACCCGAGGUACCACUGUAUUUUUAUUCCACCCUUUGGCUGAAAAAGCUCUCGGAGUAUAUUUGGUGUUUUGUUGGAGGGGAUGCCAGGGAACAGGGAAUUAUGUUCACAUGUGGUGGGGGUUUAAAUGUGUACAAUUUUUCUGGCAAAGAGUCUUUAAGGAGAUAACAGAAAUCACUGGGUUAGAGCUGACUGAACGUCCAGAGGUAGCAUUAUUAUCAAUUUACGAUGGAGUGGAAGGUUUGCAGGCUAUGAAGGACUUGUUCACAAAAUUAUUGACAGCUGCACGCAUUAUUAUAGCUGGGAAGAGGAAGGGGCAGGCAGAAUAUAAAAUAGAAGAAUGGUAUAAAGAGGUGUGGGGUAUAGCUAUUAAUGAUAAAUUAACUUGUGCCAUUAAGGUAAGAUGGGGACUAAGCAGGAGAAAUUAUUUUGAGGAGAUAUGGAGGGUGUUUGUAGAAUUUGUUCUGUUAAAAUGGAAAGGGGUCAAACCAUCGCAAGAGGUGUUGAAAUUGGAAGCUUGGAUAGUUACAAUAGAAUGGUCUUGGUGGUGGGGUGCACAUUUUUAUUCUUAUUUAUUUAUGAUUAUUACUUUGUCAAAAUAAAUAAAAUAAUUAAAAAAUAAUUAAAAAAAGAAAAGACUCUCAUAGUGUCCCACAAAUAUGAGGAGUCAAACCCUCAGCUCAGUCUUUUAGACAUGAUGUGCACGAAAAAGCGAAUGGAGGGAGUAGGAAAAAACUAACUCAGACACAAUUCUUAAAAGUCAUAGUGAUAAGUCUUAUAAAUGACCAGCUGGGAUAGAAAUAGUUCGGGCAGCUUUAGGGAAUGGCCAAAGACAGCUGGUCGCUCAGCAGAGGCGAUUAAAUAUAUGGAUUUUAAUUCCUUUCAGGAAGUUGACGCAUCCAAAAUUAGUCCAGCUGUAUGGUGUCUGCACCCAGCAGAGACCUAUUUACAUAGUGACAGAGUUCAUGGAGCACGGCUGCCUUCUGAAUUACCUUCGGCAAAGACGUGGACACUUUACAAAAGACCAUCUGCUGACAAUGUGCCAGGAUGUUUGUGAAGGGAUGGAGUACCUGGAGAGAAACAGCUUUAUUCACAGAGAUCUGGUAAAUAAUAUACUGAAGAGUCUAUAUAUUUUGCUUCGUGUAGAAAACGUAAUUAUUAAAGAAACUGUUCAAAAUGCCACUGUUUUUGGUGGUUUAUAAAUAUUGUCUUACUCAGUUGGGGUGACCAAAGGGAAAGGAAAGCAAGAUUCUUAUCCCUUAACAUAUGCCAGAGGUUUUCAACCUUUUUGAGUCCACGGCUCCCUUAACCAACUACAUUCUUUCUUCGGCACCCCUGUGGGGCUCAGGAGCCCAGUUAUAUCACCCCUUGCCUGCAGAGCUGGCAGCCUCUCACCCUUUUUUGAACACCUUCCCUUGUGGAGUGUUCCCUCAGCCUCUCCCCUCUCCUUGGGAGUCCUCCAGGGAGCCACUGUUGCCAUCCCUGGUCUCUGAGCUGCCCCCCCUCGCCCCAAAGAGAGGGGCCUCCCAGAGGCACAAUUCAUCUGCAGAGCUUAUAACCAGGACUGCUGCAAUAAACAGGUGCGCAAGCCUUGGGGAGGCAGAGACACAAGAGGGCAUCAGAAGAGGGAGGGAAAGAAAGAGGAACAGAGGCCAGUGUUGCCCGCAGCACCCUUGACCAUCAUUCAAGGCACCCCAGGGUGCCAUAGCACACUGGUUAGAAACCACUGGCAUAUCCUUUACCCUGCAUGAUGAGUUGCACUUGCCAAAAUUCUCACUUUGGCAUCUCUGCUAGUAUCCUGGUUUUCUUUGCAUUUGGUUACCCCAUGCCUGCAUAGGCUACAGGAUACAGUCACUAAUGAUUUAAGAGUCCCUGGUACAUCUGAUAUUGUUUGUCUUCAUCAUUAAGUAUUGCUUUCUGUUGGAAUAGUAGCCAAACUCCUGCUCAGGAGUCGUGCAUGGCACUUAAGAUCUUUGGACAAGGGCCAGGAUACAAAUGUAACUAAUAAAUAUGUUAUUUUGACUCUCAGAUCAUUAGGGAACAGAUAGCCUUUUCUUUUUCUUAUGCUUUCAUACGGAAACUUCAAGAGAUUUUCAGACCGGGGACUGGAGAUUUCAGACAGGUGUAUCCCCAUGUGAGAAUGAGGCACCAAAGCUACCUACCAUUUUUAGCCACCCCAAAUAUCAGUUUGUGAUGUUCAAGUUGGCUUAAGUAUUUUAUGGAAGCCACUUCAGUACUAGCUGAACUUGGGAUCUGGCCAACGAGAGCUUAUUGUGCAAUAAAUUUGUUAAGGUCUACAAUCCCUAUUUGUAAUCUUUGCUAUAGCUCCUGUCCCUUGAAAAUACGCCUGCCUCUCAUUCUGCUGCCCUCAAUGGCAUCCAAAAUAUGCCUCCACCUGAGGCAGCCACUUGAGGUGUGCUACAUGCGGGUGGCGCUGUGGGUUAAACCACAGAGCCUAGAAGGUCGGCGGUUCGAAUCCCCGCGUUGUUCGGUCCCAGCUCCUGCCCAUCUAGCAGUUCAAAAGCAUGUCAAAGUGCAAGUAGAUAAAUAGGUACCGCUCCAGCAGGAAGGUAAACGGCGUUUCCGUGCGCUGCUCUGGUUCGCCAGAAGUGGCUUAGUCAUUCUGGCCAUAUGACCGGAAGCUGUCUGCGGACAAACGCCAGCUCCCUCGGCCUAUAGAGCGAGAUGAGCGUGCAACCCCAGAGUCGUCCGCGACUGGACCUAAUGGUCAGGGGUGCCUUUACCUUUAGGGUUGCCUCUGCACAGUUGCAGUUUUCAAAAUUUAAGCAUAGCACAUUCUUAUCUGGCUGUAUCGUCACUGUAAAUAAUAACAUGCCUGUGUUUUCCCUCAGGCUGCUAGAAACUGCUUAGUGAAUGAAUCAGGGGUGGUGAAAGUGUCUGACUUCGGAAUGACAAGGUACUGGACCCUGGAAUUUAAGUGGAUGCAUUUUGCAUGGGCAAGUGUGAAAAUUACAAGGGGACUGGAAUUUGUACCUAGACUGAGGCUGCAUAAGCCAAAUGCAGCUUUGAAAGGGACUUCUGGGGCGGGGGGGGGAUCAGAUGAUGUCAUUGUGAUUGGUGGAUUCAGAAGUCUUUCCACUCAUAGAUGGAGUCCUGCAGCAGCUGCAUACCUGAAACUGCAAAAAAAUACCCCAAAGAGUUGCGGUUGUCAAAUUCCUGACAGCUCCUAAUACAUGUGACCAAUAAAUGCGGGUACAAGUACAGAUUACAAGUUGUUGCAGGUUUAAAUAUUAGUUCCAUAGUUAAUACUUUCAAAUGAUGUUUGUGAAGUUUACAAGUAGCCACUAGAUGGAGGUGUGAACACUUACUUCUUGAUGGGCUUCUAGGGCUGGUUUCAGACUGGAGGAAUCAUAUAGCGUUUUCCUUUUUUAGGUAUGUGCUUGAUGACCAGUACACAAGCUCUUCAGGUGCUAAGUUUCCUGUGAAGUGGUGCCCCCCAGAGGUUUUCAAUUAUAGCAGGUUCAGCAGCAAGUCAGAUGUCUGGUCUUUUGGUAAGGUGGCUAUGUUUUUAUUCCAUUUUAAAUGUGGAGGUAUUAUUACUAUUGGCUACAAACCGCCCACAUAAUUUGUAUUUACUCUUUAGAACUGGGGUGGAGAACACUUUGGCUAGUGGGCCAGAUUCUUAUCUCACCUACCCCUUGUGGACCAGGUUUGACAGGUGGGCAGAACCGGCCAUUUCUCAAUCACCUGACAUUUUUUACCUUCAAGGGUCUCAGCCCCUUUCAAAGCACUCUUUGAGAGGGGUUUCUGAAGAUCUGAUAAGCUGAAGCAUCAUGUGAGAGUCAUGGUUGCAUGAAUAGGCCAUCAAACCUUCUCUUAGAUGUUACACAUAAUUUAUCUCUUCAGUCCAACUAAUUUUUCUCCAUAUGGCUUAUUCUCAUUCUUACUGUUCCAGUGUCAGUUCUAAAUUAUCUUAGAAGACUUGGGACCAGCAGGCAUAAAAGACAAUAAGUACCUUGCUAGGAAUUGUUUCCUAUUAACAUAUUUGCCACUACAGAUACAUGCAUGUUCUAGUUUAGAUAACAUCUCUCUGGUAAUCAGCCAACGAUCUUUUUGUGUCUCUUAAUUUUUCAGGUGUUCUCAUGUGGGAAGUAUUUACCGAAGGGAAAAUGCCCUUUGAGACAAACACGAACUAUGAAGUAGUGACUAUGGUUAGCCAAGGACACCGUCUAUUUCGGCCAAAGUUAGCAUCUAAGAAUAUUUACGAUGUGAUGUUGUUGUGCUGGCAUGAGGUACAGUACCUUAUAUUUUAGUUGUACAUCUCCAUGUGAUCCCUGAUAUACAAUAUUUGUUGUUUAGUCGUUUAGUCAUGUCCGACUCUUCGUGACCCCAUGGACCAGAGCAUGCCAGGCACUCCUGUCUUCCACUGCCUCCUGCAGUUUGGUCAAACUCAUGCUGGUAGCUCGUCCUCUGUCGUCCCCUUCUCCUUGUGCCCUCCAUCUUUCCCAACCUCAGGGUCUUUUCCAGGGAGUCUUGUCUUCUCAUGAGGUGGCCAAAGUAUUGGAGCCUCAGCUUCAGGAUCUGUCCUUCUAGUGAGCACUCAGGGCUGAUUUCCUUAAGAAUGGAUAGGUUUGAUCUUCUUGCAGUCCAUGGGACUCUCAAGAGUCUCCUCCAACACCAUAAUUCAAAAGCAUCAAUUCUUUGGCAAUCAGCCUUCUUUAUGAUCCAGCUCUCACUUCCAUACAUCACUACUGGGAUAACCAUAGCUUUAACUAUACGGACCUUUGUUGGCAAGGUAAUGUCUCUGCUUUUUAAGAUGCUGUCUAGGAUAUACAAUAUAGGAAUGCUUUAUACUUAACUAUGAAGACACAGAACAAUCAAGGCUAAAGAACAAAGCAAGAAAAGAAGGCAGGAUAGCUCAGUUGGUAAAAGCAUGAGACUCUUAAUCUCAGGGUCGUGGGUUUGAGCCCCACAUUGGGUAAAAAGAUUCCUGCAUUGCUGGGGGUUGGACUAGAUGACCCUCGGGAUCCCUUCCAACUCCAAAAUCUAGAUUCUAUAUAAUUUAAAAGGAGAAAUCUAGUACAGACCUAGGGUUUGUGUACACUGGAGCAAACUGGAUUUGCACCGACUUGUCUCCCGAUUAAUGUAGGGGCAUCCCGUGGUUUUCCCAGACCUUCCCCUCUUUAAAUGCUAUUUUCCCCCAAUCAUUGGAAAGUCCAAAGGGGCCAGGAUCAAAGAACCCUGCAUUUACAGGGGGAAAGGUAAAACAGUGAAACAGGGAGGGCAUCAUGCUCCAGUGUGGGCAAGCCUUUUGAGUGGAAUUUGCAUGGUUCCUGAAUUGUAAGAAUGAGCAAUCCCUACUUGAUGGAAUCACUUUGGAGGCACAGGUGAGAGAUGCCAUCAAAAAAUAGAAAGGGAGAAGUAAUUAGAGAACCCGUGACACCAAGAAGUGACUGGCCUUGUUAUAGGACAUUGCACCUUCAAUUUUUUUGGGGGGGGGAAUUAAGUAGAAUUGCUUACAUCAGAUACAUGCAAAAGAUUUCCCUCUAACAAAAUAAAACCUUUAUCGUUGUUAGUUCUAAAAAAUAAAAAUCCCCAUACUUUUUACCCAUUUAUUUCCCCUCUGUAACUCGGGUUGGGCUGAAGGUCUCUAAUGUUAUUUUGAAAAUAUUUAUUUUAUUCAUUUGCUAUUGUCCCCCCCCCCAAUUAUUUGUGAUCAUCUGAGCAGUACACCAGGUGAAUUAAUGGAAAGGUGGCAGCGGUGGAGCAAUCCUCUCUACUACUGAAUUAUUAGCUUUUACCUGCUUUUUUUGUGUGUGUUAAUAAAGAUAUUGUUUUAAUCAGAAUCGACAGCUCACAAUAAUGCUAUCUAUUAAUUUCUAGAAACCGGAGGGACGCCCUACAUUUCAGGAUUUGCUGCAGAUGAUUGAUACGAUAGCAGAGGAUGCUUCCUGA